AUGAAUGUCAGCGCUGCAGGCCAGAUGCCGGUGAUGGAGGAGCUUGUCAGUGAGAGGUGAGAAGUAAUCGACUUCAGAGGGAUUCAAACACUUCAUGAUGGUUGAAAUGAUACACAACACAUCAAAUCUUGAAUUUACUAUUUAACCAACAGUGUAAAUAUCUUUACGUUCUUCUCAGUUUUCUGUAAAACAUUCAAAGUUCACCCAUCCACACUUGUAGUUUUCUGUUGCGUCAGCAUUAUUCAUAUCCUCCUGCACAAAAACUCUUUAUCUGGAAAGAAAGCAGACAUGGCCGCUGCAUCGAGGAAAUAACCCGUCUCAGAGGUCUGCUUUUUAAAAACGAGUAAACUGCCCUGGUUUCUCCUUCAAGGGCAUCUUCAUCUCUGAGUUUUGGUUCAGCUGAGGAAACCAAAAUAACGCGGAGCCUCCUCGCUGCCUCUGUGGCUGUUUUCCCCUCAGGCCGGUGUGUUUGAUUAAAACAGGGAUCCUGCUGAAACUGUUGGAUGUGUUUUUCUCCUCUGCUGUGGAAUGCCAAAGUCGUUUUAUUGCUAUCUCUGCCCGACUAAUGCCCUCUGCCCCGGAGGGUGAGAAAGAGAUUUAAAUUUCUGAAGACAUCACGGUGGAGGAGCUGUGGAGGUUAUUUUUGACUGCUUACUUUGACCAACAGACUGAUAAGAAGACAGAAAAAGCAGCAUAGACAGAGGGGAGGGGGAAAAAGGCACAUUAAGUCCUUGAAUCUUUUCCAAUGAAAAAACUCAGCGGAGUUUAUUUGAUGCUCGCAGAUGUCCUUGACACGACUGUGUGAAAUCAGCGCUAAUUGACUCUUUCAAAUGAUAUUGGAUUUAUUUUUUUGUAUGCAGCGUUUUCUUACAGUGUCAUCCCAAUCAAAGCUUCAUACACUCUAUUUAUCCUGGAGGGAGAAAAGAUGAAAUAGGAAAAAUGAAAUGAUAAAUUCAAAGAGGUCAGAGUUUGCAGAAGGCAUUUACAAACAGCAAGCAAAGAUCUAUGAGUGGAAAAGCACAGACUCUUCAAUAAAUAAAGGGAUCUUUUUUCAACAGAAUUAUAAAACCUAAAUAACUUGAUAGUUUGAAAUCAAAAACACUGAAAACAGUCAAAUUGAGCUCAGUUUGCUGUGAAAUCCAUAGAACACUGUUAUUAAAGAUAUAGUCAGUUUUCAGGGACGUCCCAGGUGAGAGUGGAUCUCCUGCGUGAUUUAGUGUCACUGUGGUUUGCAGCAGCAUCAGUUCCUGCCUUUGACAGGUUAACAGGUUGUUCUCAGUGACUUGUGCAACUUGUCAGAUUGUCUUUUCAUUCACUGAGGAGUGCUUGUCCCAUUUUAUUUGGAUGCACAAUGAAGUGCAACAGCUACUCUCCUCCUCCUCGUGGUGUGUGCAGCGUACUUUCCCUUCUUUAUCUGCUGGAUGAUAAACUCUAUCUCAGUGAAAAAACCUCUCUGUGCAGUUUACUCUUAUUUUGUUCUUCAGCUCCCAGAGUUUUAACUAGGACUAGAGAAUAUGAUCAUAUCGCUCUUGUUUUGGCGUAUUUACUCUGGUUUCCUCUACAUUUUACAAUUAGCCGUUAACUGGAGCUACAGCUCCGGCCAGCACUGUAGGUUAGAAGUUCUGUUUAGUGAUGGAUCAUGUUAUUUAGUUCUGUAUUUGUGUUGCACUCUCGGGUUUUUACGGGGGAGUUAAAAGCGUCUAAGGCAGAUUUAAGUCCAGGGGCAGACAGAGUUUUCUGUGCAGGUUUAUGGCUGCAAGAAAGAGAGACUUCCUCUGGUGAACCUGUGGUGCAUUUUUGAUGGAGAGUCUUGUACUGAAUGUUCUCCUGUGUGUUGACAUGCACUUUAGACAGCUUUCCCCUCUCUGACGCCACCAUCAGGGGGACAUAUGAGAGCUGAAUUCGCCAAAAACAGGUGAAAGCUUCUCAUGCCUGUCCUUGUUAUGUUACAUAAUCUUACAGGCAGCUCAUCUACAGCUGUAUUUGAGUGAAACCACAACAACCCGGGCUUUAACCUGCAAUUGGGAUCUAAAAAGAAUGAGUUUGUAUCAUCGGCAUGUGUUUCGAUUCUUCAACUCCUCAUCAGAUCUGGAAAUAAUCUUAUAAAUCAAUACUUUACGCCUUUUCUUUCCCUAAAGCAUGAAGAGAAAUAUGUAAAUCUGAUUGGAAAUGCGAUGCUGACACCUAAACUGUGCAGAUGAUGUUGUUUUUAUCAGAGGGAGACACGAGCUUCGGUGCAGAAUUAGAUUAAAGGACUUCAGUGGGAGGAUAAUGUCUUUAAGAGUGUAGCGAAAGCCUGUUUAUGGGGAAGUGCGGUUACACUAUGUGACCCAGUUUUGUGUGUUGAUGUUAUGAAUGGGAUCUGAUGGCGGUAACACGGCGCCUCCAGCAGCCUUCACCACGUCUAAAUGGCUGCAGGAGGUGAGUGUGAUGGAUGACGUGGAGCCGCAGCUGCCUACGCAGCGCCCUACAUACCAACUGUACAUCCACGUGUCACAUAUGUUUACUGCGGUCACACAUGUGCUGUUUGUUUGGCUGAUGAGACACAUUAAAGCAAGGUGGUGGGCAGGUGACACAGGUGCAGGCGUGUAAACAGCCGUUAGAGUUGGCAGGGAGAUCAUCGGAAAUGACGGAUUAGUGUCAUUAACCUGGUUUUUAUACUCAGGGCACUUUUUCUGAAGAAGUGGAGAUCAUUUCAGAAAAAGUGAACUAAAAGGUUUAUUAUUAAAACCUGCACUUUUCAUGAUAUUUUUUGCUGCAUGUGAGGACAGUGAGCAGAGUUACAGAUUCAUAUUUCUUGUUAAGUUUUAUCGAUGCAGCUGAAGUGUUUUAGUUUUUACUCUGGUGAAGAUGAUUCUUCAAGUUCAACUUUUUAAUGUCGGCUCUUUUCCAAAUACAGGCCGUGUUAGGUCAGGAUGGCUGAGUUUAAAACAACCAAAUAGAGAGUGAUAGAGGCGUAUGUUUAUGAUAAAGAAGAAGACGGAGUUUAUUGAUCCCCGAAAGGGAAAUUCAAGAGUGUGCAUAAAGUUAUUUUUUAGAUAUUUGGCUGUUAAAAUAGACUUUCAACAAGUUUUCUAAUGAAACUAAUGAAAUGAAUUACCUAAACCUGUACAGAGCAGAGUUUUAAAGUACUAAAAGCUUCAAAAUGGCCGCAGACUGAAGUUUCUCACAGGAGCUUUAAAUUGUAGAAACCGAUUCACCGUCAAACUUGCAAUGGACUGGCCCAAAAAUGCAUUUACUUUACAGUUUAUCAAAUGUCCUAAUUUGUCUUUACAAACACACUCAUGCCUGAGGUGGACCACCCUGAUCUAAACAGUCUGGACACGCCCCUGCUUGCAGUGGUGCCAACUCCUCGGUAGGGAAAGUCGCUGGUGGCUGUCAUAAAAGUCGCUUGAGGUCGUGAGAUAACGCCAUUGCCUAAUUUUCACAAUUUCUCAGUCAAACUCACCGCCAACCAAAGAGUAACGAAGACGAGAAGAGUAACAUCGAUACCUGCUUUUAUGUCAGAGUCUCUAAACUAAAAGUAAAAGUAACACACGACCACUUUGUCAAGUUGACCAAACUUUUGUGCUGAUUCUGCAUAAUUUGAGCAUGUAGUGCUAGUUCAGGCAGGCUCAGCCCCCAGUACCUCGCUGACAGUUUAAACCACCUCCUACUUCACACUCCAGCCCUUUUUCCUUAUACUGUGUCUGAUUUAACAAUUGUCAUGUGUAAAGUUACUGAACUCUCAGUCACCAAAGAAAAGUCAAACAUGCAGAUCUGUAUUUUAAAGUAUUUAUGAAGCAGAUUAUCAGAACACUUUACUCCUAAAUUCCUGGAAGAACGAACACCUAAAGACACUGAACACGUUUCAAUGCAGCAGAAAAAGCAUCAUGUCCUCAGCUGCCCCCUGAAAGGAUCCUGCAGCUCAGCGAGAGACAUGUCAGAUACCAAAGAUCAAGUUCGACACAUGCAGCAAUCUUAAAGCAACAACCGGCGUUUCAGCUGUCAAACACACACCGUUCAUAUAACCACCGUGUGUGAUCAUCCUGGGACGGACCAACAUGUUCGGGCCAUACGUCAAUACGCAGCAGCAGUCGGAUUAGUCAGGGGAUCAGAUAGCAGCCUGCGUCCCUCGCUCCCUGUCCUCAGCACCUCAGGUGUCCUGUGACAGAUCCUGUUUUCUGGACGAGUGCCUCCAACAGGGAGGUUUGGCCUCUGAUGGCGUGAAGCCAAACAGAGAUGAAAAGAGCAGAUCGGCCCUGCCCGCUCCUGUUGUUACAGUACAUUUACCAAUUUGUUUGCUCAUUCGUUCAUUUGCUCAUUUGUUCAGUUCAUCUGCCAUCUCAUCUGUUACUUCUCUCUGUAUUUGCAUAUGAGAAAGUGGACGGAGAAACUGACGAUAAACCGAGAUUAUAGUGGUGCAAACAAGAACAGAAGAUAUCGUCUUAAAUCAAGAUUUACCUGCUGCACUGUCAGCUGUUUGUGCUGGUUAAAUACAAACACGUUUUACUUUUCCCAUUUUGAUAUAAAGGCUAAUUUAUGCUCAACGUUACAUACGGAUCCGAAUACGGACGGAGCUCUCCAUCCGUGCUUCGCGUUCUUUUCGUGAGGAUUUCUGCACGUAUCCUUGGAGUUCACAGUCACAGGCCAGACGGAGCAGUACCUCCGGAACCGUGAGGGCAGUGUUGCUGCUGUCACUAACCAAUACGCAUCUCUAGAGAGAAAUGAACAAGACAAUGGCGUGGCAAACAAUGAUGAUCGUUGUCAAUUUCUCUCAUCGGUACGACUCGAGAAAAGAAUUCUCUGUCCUCCAACCGCGAGGCAUUUAGUGACCCGACCGACCACGGCCUCCUCCAACGCUGCCUUCAUUUUUGUCUCCUAUGCAAAAUAUACAUCAUCACCAGCUCCUUCACAGUCGCCAUGUUUCUUUUUGAUUGUUGUUGUCAGAAACUUUUGACUCCGGCCUGCCCCCUGGUGGAUAUAAUAGUUAACAUCCAUGCCAACGUAAAGGACGCAUGGAAGUAUGUGGGCAGUGAUGGAACCAUCGUUAGAAAUGGACGCGUACAUUUUUAUAUGUAUGGCGAGUGUAAAUGAGAUGUUAAAUCUGGACUUGAAUACACCAGGUGAAGUGAGUGUUUAACGGCGAUGAAGUGUCAUGAGAAUCUGCAGUAUGAUGAAGGUUUUCUUUGGAUAACAGCAGGAUCUCUUUUGGAUAAACCUCCGUUUUUAAAGGUGCUGAAUAAAUAAAAUUCUGACUUUCAAGUUAUUUAAUUGAAUAUUUGGUGCGGGUGUAAAUUUCCUGUGUGGCAUGCUUCAUUCUUACACUAAGCUGUGGUUUAUUAACUUUAGAGUUUAUUAAUGAUAUAAAGUAAUCAGUAUUAAACAUCAAAAACCUCUUCAUUGGAGCUUUAGUAGUUUCUUUGUUCAAGUUCAGCACAUGGAGGAGACAUGACUGACAGCUGUAGCUUAGAUGGAGCUGUUUCUGGGAUGUAUUUUAGUGGCAGGGCCUUCCUCCCUCCCCACCUCUUUAAAACCAAACAAUGAACAACAUUCAGGGAUCUAUUCAUCAUCCGUCUCCUCGAGCAACCUGUAAAUAAUUCUGACACAUUGAUUCUUCCUAACUGCAGCUCUCACAGCGGCUCACAGCACAAUCUCCAAGUCUGUCGAGCUUUUUUCUUCCCCUCCAUUCGAGCCCGUCUGAUGUCGACCGGUGACUGUUACGGAGUGCAGACUCGGCAGCCCACGCAGUACGGCGUCUUUUUCACAUCCGUGACUAAAUAUUUCAUUCAGCAGCUGCUUACGUAAUCCCAAAAAGGAAUCCUCCAUUCAUACAAACACGCUGAGCCGAGCACGCACAAAACCCAGAAAAAGAGGAGGCAGCCGGGUCGUGUCUGACUCCAAACAAGCUGAAGAUGCUUUCAUAUCUCAGGUGGUGGAUCUGACACCUGCCAGGCCCCUGACCCUGCACCCCUCCCUCAUGUACAGGAGCUGAAAAGAGAGAGUAUGAGAGUUAAGACCUCCAUCAUCGAGAGUUUCCAGUCAUGCCUGACAGGCUGAUUUAUCCCACCUGUCAGUGGUAGCUCUUCCAGGCACCUUCAAGUCCAGCCCUCAGAGCCUCCCUCAGCUCUUUGAUCGUCCUUCAGAAAAACAACAUCCUGACAAGAUCCUCCGUCAUCCUGGACUGACGUUUUUAUAACACCUUUCUCAAAAAGAGUGUGGAGGAGAGCAGCUCGCAUGAAAACAGGAAGGAAGUCGUGGUCCUGAUAGAGAGGGAGGUGGAACAAGUUUUUCUGUGGCUGAUGAUGAAACUCUUUCAGACUUCUCCUCUCUAAGGAAGUAUUUUGUAUUUACAGUCAUCAAGCUAAUUUUUCAUGCAGUUGAUUUAGCAAAAAUAAAGUUAAAAGGACAGAUAACAUCACUAGAAUCAUCUGGAAGGAUGAACUGGGUGAAUAAAGUUGAUCAUUUAGCAUCAAAAGAGUCUGAUAACAUCAGAGAGAACUGUUACAACAUAGUCAGCAAAAUGUAAUUCUGGUUUUAGAAUUGACUCUCACAUUUUUUUCUCCUUUUUUUCUCAUUUUUCAAAAAUUUUUCUUCGAUUUUUUUUCUCUGAAAACUCGAUUCCGAAUUUUCAGAGACAACUUCCCCAAACUUCCCCAAACUUCCCUUUAAUAAAAAGUUUUUCUAGCAUCUAUUAAAACGACACCACUGAAAAUGAUGUAGUGCAUAUGCCAGGCCGGUAAGUGGCGCUGUAACCCUGCACCGGAAAUGCACGAAAGACAGAAGAAGAGUACAGAGCAUGUGUAUAAAGGUUGUUUUGUUCGGACACACCUAGGCGCCAUAAAAGAGUUACGCUGUGUGCUCAGUGCUCUGGUGUCCUUCUCAUGAAGUUGUAGAUUUUCGUUGACUGAUUGUUCCGGCAUGUUUCUUUGUUGAAGUGAUUGCAGCCAAAGUAACUGCGGUUGGAGAUUUCACAUGUCAGAGCUGUGAAAUCACACAGAUGUAAAUAAGCUCAUUCACACUGAUAUUUUUAACUAUAGAUCCUCUAAGCUUCAAAUCACUUAGAUUUCCUACACCAGAUGACUUUCCUUCCAUAACAGGUUUUUUUAGAUGAUUCUAAGUUGUGUCUAAAGACCAGGACAAAGUUUUUUCUGCGUUUUAAGCAUCUUACACUGAGUUUCUAUUUCUCAAUGAAACUUUUGUGCUGAAUAAUUUUAAUCUUCAUUUUCCCACUUUCAUCCCUCACCAAGCCGAAGACUCCCAAACCAUUUAUCACCGGGAAACACUGAAUAUUCAUUCUGCAGCGCUAAUACAGGACAGCAGAGCAGGAUAAAUGAAGCGAGCUGCCUUCCUAAAAUGUCACUCCUGCUUUGGAUGCAGAGCAGAUUUCAAGUUUAACCCUUUUUUUUUUUAAACACACAGUCAAGUAAAAAUGAAAGUUUUAAAUCUUCACCAUCUUUUUCCUUUUGAACAGAUCUGUCACAUUUCAUUUGAGGCGCAGAACAAUCAGCUAAUUUGUGCUGACAAGCAGCUCAGAGACAAAGUCGAUCCUCUGUUUUCACACAGAGCUGCUCUCUUUGAUUUCCACAUAAUAAGGACUGCUGCUCAGAGUUUUCUGAUCAUAAUGUCACACACACAGACUCCACGGGGUCGUGUGUGUGUGUGUGUGUGUGUGUGUGUGUGUGUGCGCGUGUGUUUAAAACAGAAACACUGAAAGUUCCGGUAAUAUCCUGCAGUGUCUGUGUACUGUCAAAUCUUUGCACCCAGACAUCCAUGCACAAGUGUGGAGCGUGUUUUAAUGAUGUGGAGGAAAGAGGGGACCCUGCUGUUGCUGCUGGUUCCUGUGUAAUGGUUCGAGUCAUUAGCAGUUGUCUCUUUGUCUCCGAUUAAAUCUGUAGCAGCUGAUCUUUUUUUUUUUUUUGAGGGGGAGGUUUAACAUGAGGGGAUUACAGCAUUUACUUUUAUAAUGCAAACACUUUUUAAAGAUGUCUUUGUAAUGAUUCUGGGAGGCUGUAUGCAAAGUCUCCUUGUAGUGUCACUGUAAUGGAAAAUAGAAACAGCAAUGAAUGGACUCUUGCACAUUUGUGCACAUUUGGGCUUUUAGCACUUGCAGGUUUACAGCAGAAUGUUCCUCUGCUGAUCCUGGAGAAGUAUGUGAUAAAAUCAGCCCAGGCUAGGACUGGGCGAUUAUAUGAUAUUGAUUAAUGAUGGUGAUCAAACUGUGAUAUUUACUCGAUCAAACAUAGCUGAAAUGUGCAUGACAACAGCCAAUCAGAGUCAAGCUUUUCCUGCUUCACUUCUAAGUAAGAAGUAAACAGAAUGACCGAACAUGGAGCUAAACUAUAACCUCAGUUAUUUUCAGUUGUGUAGAAAAUUCAGACGCUCCUGAACGCACCAUCCGUAUUCAUAUAAUGUUGAAUGAGCUGAGGCUGGGGCCACCGUGAAAUCAUAAGCUAAUUAAGCAUUGCAUGCAGAAGCCAGUUUAAUGUAGUUUCAGAAGGUGGCGCUAUGGCAGUAGGUAGGCUAGAAGGGUGGACCGAGCUCUGGUAUGUGAAAUCAUAAACAGAUGUAAUGUUGUAUGGCCAAGUACCAUUGACUCCCUGUUUCAUGGCGAGACAUCGAAGUUUAAUACACCACCUAACUCAGUCUGAACAAUGAUGCUCGCUUCGUCCAGGUCUGAGGACUUCGAUGACCCCCAUGCAGACCUCGUGGAGCUUUGGCAGGAAACCUGAAGUGGACACAGCAGUGCUUCACACUUCAACAUGGUCUGAUGGCUCAUGUUGAGUAUGCACCCUGUAAACAGCCCAAAGUGAUAAAAAAUCAGGCACUCGUAUCAAAACGGCAGAGUUCCUGAUGUCCCUGAAUUCAACUCGCUCUUCACCGCUCAAUAAGCGAAUUUGAUUGAGUCUUGGAGGAACCGAGACGCAGGAUUAUUUUCACUUUUAAUCCUCAGAGGACAUCAGAAAAUGAGAACUCUGAGCCGAGACAUUUUUUUCCUGAUCAUUAUCAGGUAGAUGUGACAUGCUCGGUCUCCUUGUGAAAAACCAAAAUCCCAUCAAUUACAUGCAGAGAGACCAAGGAGACACACUAAAUCCUGGAAGGUGUCUGUGUUGAAUGUUAAUGAGCUCUGUGUUAGAGAUAAGAACGCUGCAGACAGAUGAACAGCAGUGAAAAUUCACUGCCAGUAUCAGUAAGCUGUCAAAACAACAUCCUCAUGUGGCUGAAAUGUGUUUUAUAUCCUUUUUUUCUCAACACCUCUCUGUGAUAGCAUCAUCAGCAUGAAUCUCUCUGCAGAAAUCCAUUAAAUCUGAUUCUGAUACCGUUAAAAAGCUCGUGCUCGAGGUGUAAAGUUUCCUCUAAUCGCCCCAUUUAGAAAAAGGACACCUGCUCUUAAAUAACAGGAUGAAACUGAAGACAGGGCGCCACAGUUUACAAGAAACCAGUUUCUAUCUGAUCAUAUGAUGCUGCUAAACGUAUCAGAUUGAUUAAAGACCGGGCUACUUGAUGCCUUUCUUGAACUGAGUGGUAUAACUUUUGUUUUCAGAUGUUCUUUUUUCUCUGCAGGUUUCAAACUCUUCCUUUGCUGCAGGGAUUUUCUUGCAAAAGUCGUCAAAGUCGUCCAGUAGUCGUCAAAGUUCUUGUUUCCAGUUUCAACACUAUUCUAUUCACCAUGGCAACCAAAUGCAAGCGCAGUAUGUUUGAGUUGAAGCUGUUACAUACUGUGCAGCUGGUAAUUGUGCUGCAGUAAAUGUAUCAGGGAGAAGCUGGAGGAGAUAGGCUGUAGUUUUGAGGAGGUGCACAGCCGGUUUUGUGCAGGGCUCACUGUGUAGCUGCAGGAGACUCAGCAUUUAUUCAUGUAAGGUUGCUGAACGUAGCUGUAAACAUAUCACAUCUGACUUAACCAAACGUCGUGGAGCCAUUGUUUGAGUAACUUCAGAGGCUAACUUUGUUGUUAUUCAGCAGCUAGCUUCAGAGUAACAUUAGCAUCGCCGUCCGUUGUCAGUUAAAGUUCGAAGUUGUCCCCGUCCUCCCAGCGUUUGUGGUAAAAUCUUUGAAAGCUAACCGCACAAUCUGUAGCGCCUCCUCCAACAUUUUGCCGUGCACUGUUGCUGAAUAGUAAGAUGGUACGUGAACGCACAUGCAAGUAAAGAAACACGCGUGGCAGAAGACGAAUCUGUUACCAGACCUUAUACCAGAAGAAUUAAAGGUGGGGUAGGCAGGAUCUGAGGAAGUGCCAGUUUUUGGGAGAAAUCUUGAAUGUAAACAUGACCUCCAGGACCCGAGGUCAACAGUUUAGCGAUGGCGCUACAACACGCUACAGCAGGUCCGUUUGACAAGAAACACUUCUGUUACAGACACUUGUCUUACUUUGUUAAAGCGGUUUACCUGUCCAGCAGAAAGGUUACAGGGUCACCAAGAUCCCCAAGCGUCCCCCAUCGUUUAUGUUGACCCGGCUUUUUAGCUCUUGUCUGGUCUACCUCCUUUUUAAGCGCCCGUUAUUCCUCCAGAGUCUCCGGUAUUUACUUUGUUUUCUUGCUUGUGUCGGCAGUCGUGGCCAAAGGAGGAUUCAGACAAUUUUCCGAACUUUCUGGUUGGUUUCUACUGUCCGAUAUUGUAGCACGCUAACUUUGUUUGGGCUCCUGAACGACACGGGGGAGCAGCAUCUGCCUCACAACCAAUCAGGUUAGAGGAGGUGGAGAACGGCUUUGUUUACAGUCAGAAAGAGCGGACCGCUCAAAAAAAUGUAAAUGUUGACGACACAGACAUAAGAGAACACAGAGAUAUCGAUAUAUUACCAAAUGUCAUCAAUAACUAAUAACUAUUGACUGAUAUUAAAAGCUUUUUUCUAUAUACACCACAAAAAAAGAUGCUUCUUUAACGGAUUCCUCCCUACCCCACCUACAUAAAAAUAAAAAUAACAAAGUAUUCAUUGAUAGAUAAGCCUUAGUCCUCCGAGUCCCCAUGCAGCCAGAGUCCGAGUCAUCAGCGCACAAGUCUGAGUUGAGUCACAAGUCCAGCAUAUCCCCACUCAAGUCAGACUCACAUUCUACAAUGCUGGUGAUGAGUCAAAAUAUUCAGUUUUUGCACAAACAUGGAAAACAGGUUUGCAAGGUCCAGAUUAAGCUGUUGAGUGGACCCCUGUUUAAUGAAUCAUUGCACCCUUAUGACUGUAGACUAGAGCAAGAGCCUUGUGCAUUUACACUUAUUACUGAGACGAACAAGAUUAAUGAGUUCAUAGGGUCAAACUUGGAUGUAAAAACCACAAGAUUAGGUUGUGGGUCCAAACAUCCGCACAAUAAUCUGAGUAUUUAUAGCAAAAGUCUCAGUGGGGAGUCCAGUGAUUUGUCUGAGUUUUAUCUCACGGCCUUUGCCUUACAGCCCUUUAAGUCAGAACGUGUCUGUUUUUUCAAGACACAAAUCUGAAAGUCAAAUUUCAUCUCGUCUUUCUUGGAUUUGCGCCGGCUGGUUAUUGACCUCAAAUUAAGGCUCAUUUUCCAAAAAUCUAUUAAACAUUGGCUGUAGGGAGGAAUAACAAGCAGGCUGGCUGUCCUUCAGCCGGAGAAACAGCUUGUAGAAAUCUUGCUGAGUUGUCCUUGUUGAGGGAACAGAGGUCCUGUAUUGUCUGGAGGUGCGCUGCCCCGACCUCGACUCUGAACUCUGAGCAGAUCUCUCUCAAACACACAAAGACGAUCCGCUGGUGUGCACAGUUCAGUCUGAGAGAGGCAAAUUUAAAAUGUUUUAUGUGAAAUUGCUCCGAACAGAUGGGUGAAAUUACUGCAUGAGCAGUUCUGGACGAGUUUUUCUGCCUUUCAGGAUUUCAAAGAGCGUCUUCAUUCAUGAUUUUAGGCAUGAACAGAAAGAAUAUGUGAUAUUUGGAGCCAACGCAGGUAGAGGCCGUGACUGUACGAACUCUCAGGGUUAAAAUGAAACACGUGCGAACAGCAAGAGCUCCUCCCCAGGAGUCUAAUUUCACUUUAUUCAUUUAGAUAAGGAAUAAAACUUUAUGCAAAUGUUCAGGUUUGUUAAAUGAUUUAAUCUGAUUUAUGCUCAGUUAUUCAUGAAUUGGGAAUAAUUGCAGAGGCUCAUUAGUAAGUCCAUUAGAGGAGCUGAAUUGGACUGGACCAAAUAGAUAAAAAAAAUAAUGAAUGAGAGGAAAAAAAAACCUCAGUGCACGCACACACCCACAUAAGAACACACAUCCACCCUCAUUUUUUUAUGAAUACAUUAAAACAUCUGACACUGAACAUGUGUCUCUGAGCGUCUGUCAAACACAGAUGAAAAACUGCGUCUUCCUUGAUCCAUGCUCAUUUAUAAUCGAACACGAAGACGGCGGUUUCUGCCAGCUUUACACUUUUCCUCAUGACUCACAGCGAGGCUCCGAGCCAGCUAAGUGGCAUUUUGUUAAGUGCACAUGCUCCAGGUUUUGUUCCUCGCCUACGUCUGUUUGGUAUUUUGGUGACUCGGUGUCAGCUUGACUGCAGCUGAGUGGGAGGAGAGGGUGUGAGGACGCAGGAGGCUGUUCUGUAAAAUCUGCUCUGAUCAAUCGGUCAAGAUGGAGGGCGCCAAAAACCGUGAGAGUAGAUUCGCCACGACGACCGUCAUCCCUACUUCUGUGCACGAAUGGUUGCUUAAAACAAAGUGAAUAAAAUAUCUCAUAAUUAACUAAUCUCUCAUCCUGCUCAUUCUGUCCCUUAACUUUUCAGACAAAUCUGCCUCAUCCUCCUGUCCUCUCUCCUGCUCCUCUCCCUGCUCUCUUCUCUCCUCUCUCUUCCUCCUCCUCUCCCUGCUCUCCUCUCUCCUCCUCCUCUCCCUGCUCUCUUCUCUCCUCCUCCUCUCUCCUCUCUCCUGCUCCUCUCCCUGCUCUCUUCUCUCCUCCUCCUCUCCCUGCUCUCCUCCUCCUCUCUCCCUGCUCUCUUCUCUCCUCCUCCUCUCUCCUCCCUCCUGCUCCUCUCCCUGCUCUCUUCUCUCCUCUCUCCUCCUCCUCUCUCCUCCCUCCUGCUCCUCUCCCUGCUCUCUUCUCUACUCUCUCCUCCUCCUCUCCCUGCUCUCCUCUCUCCUGCUCCUCUCUUCUGCUCCUCUCUUCUCUCCUCUCUCCUACUCCUCUCCCCGCUCUCCUCCUCAUCUCCCUGUUGUCUCCUGCUCCUCUCCCUGCUCUCCUCAUACUCUCUCCUCUUACCUCCAAAGUAAGAGUUGUUUUGGGGGCGGAGCCACGCCUCUCUACGUUUAAGAAAGCAGAAUGGUGCGUUUCAUAGGACAUAAACCUUAAAUCGCCUCUCAAAUGACCUCAGCAGAUUCUGUGAUACUUGUGGUCUCUGCUGCUUUUUGGCAAACACAGAUUAUGAUACUUCAGAUUUAUAAAGAGGCUUUCAGAUUGACCUCAAUUGAUAAGAGUCAAGAGAACAUCCUCCGCCCUCUUAACACCCUCUCCGUCCACUCAGCUACAGCCGAUCUCUUAUAAUAAUAAGUGGACUUAGUUCAGACAGACGUCUGUCUCUGCCUCGUGGUUAGAAGUUUAUGGUGCCGGGACUCUCUGGUGUCCUAUCAGCUCUAUUCUCUCUCCAUCUUCAGCUCGUUUGAAGAGAGAUUAAAGCAGAGACAACAAAGGCAUCCAAACAUCAGAGUAUCACAUUUCACUGACCCAUUUCACUGUUGACUGUGUUUUUUUAGUUUUCCUUUAAUAGACGGCCAAAUGUCGGUUCGUGUCCAGAUGUUUUCCAGCAGCUAAUCCAGCUCAGGAUUUAAAAAGAGGAGUCGCAAACAUCACGCUGGUUCGGGUUUCGGUUUGAGGACAGACAAAACGCACAAAAUGGUGUUUCUCAUUAAUUUACUACUUCAAUCUCCAGCCUUUCAUCUUCACAUCCGCACGACUCUCGCUCCAUUUCAAAGUCGCACAUGUUGAUUAUUUUAGUCCAAUUCCAUGUUGCAUAUUUGUUGGAGUGUGUUAUUCAACUCUCUUGGUUGAAUAAAUUCAAGUAAAUUAAAAUGAAGAAUAAAACCCUAAUCAAUGGUUCACAAACUGUAGAGGCAGUACUAUUAACAUUUAUUAAAUGAUUCAUGAUUGACGCUGCUGCCAAACAAAACCAAAUGACUUCUCCAAUGAAUCAUCGGGGGCAGAUGAUGAAUGUUACAGUUCAGAGCGGCUUUUAUUUCAGCUCCACAAUUCAAUUUGAAGCAUCACAGAUUAGCUGACUGCUUAAGAGGAGGCGAUUUAAUUCAAAGAGCUGUUUAUUAAUGUGCGUUUGAUCUAAACAGCACAAACAGCAGUGGACAAACUCCCUCUCAGCAAACAAAAGUGUAAAAACACCACAAACUUCUCCCCAUCCCCUCAGCGAAGAGUCCUUUCUUCUCUGCAGUCCAGUCAGGUGGAGUCAUUGAUCGUCCCAUCAUGUGCAGACGGGUUUGAAAACUAUUAACAAGACAAACAAGGCAGCAUUGACACCCCUGCACAACUGUACGGCGAUAAAAAUGAUGAGAAAACAAACGAGUAUGAGGCAGCGGAGAGAAUAACAAAGACAGAGGGUCAGGAAGGGCAGCCGGAGCGAAUCGUGAUGAUACGGUUUGAGAAAAUGGAUCUGAGCUUCAGGGCCAGAGGAGGAAACUUAAAAUAGUUAGUCAGACUUUGUGAAACAUUGACGUUUAUGUAGGAACUUACUGAAGGUUAUAUAACCGUCAUUUCAGUAUGAAGAGGACCCUGACUGCACGUUGAAUUAGACUCUGAAAUACUGUAGAGACCGUGUUCAUGGUUCACCUUGACAUCUGAAUGAAAUUCCCCUCAUACUCCCUUUGAAGAACACUUGGCUCAGACACGAAAGAUGACAGUAGUUUUUACUGGUAAAUGAAUAACUCAAAGUACUCUGACUUUGGUGUUUUCUGAAAGUUUCUUUGUCGGAGGGUCAGUGAAGCGCUGCUGUGUGGGUGUUUUUAAUAAGCUGAAGUUAAAACAGGAGUACCGACAGCUGUUAAGACUCAGAUGUGCUGCUAAGAAUUGAGGAUCAUAUUUAAUUGUAAAUGUCAUUAAAACAAAAAUAGACUUUAAAUGUGUGACAGGGAGCUUCACAAAAGUAGAUUUGUUUCAUCAUGGAGACACCCUGCUGUGUCAGAGAACGAGGAGUUCACACUUGGUCCGAGAUACUCGGCAAAUAUGUGUGUGUGUCUGUAGGUGGUGUGACAGCUAACACUGAUUAUUGUGGCAAAGCUCUGCUCCUGCUGCAUGCUGGGAGUCGCAGUCUUUAAAACCGUCUCUGUGCAGCAAAUCUUCUCAGAUAUGAAGUCUCAGUUUCUCCACUUCAUCAGUUAUCACACGAUCAUUACAUCAUAUAAAAGUGUUGGUGAGGAAAGUCUGUGCUAUUUUCAUCCAUCCAUCCAUCCAUCCAUCCAUCCAGUAACUGCUCUUUCAUUCAUUCAUCCAUCCAACUGUAAAUUCAACCAUCCAUCCAUCCAUCCAUCCAUCUAUCCAUCCAUCCAUCAAUACCUUCAUUCAUCCAUAUAGCAUCCAUCCAUCCAUUCUUCCAUCAAUACCUACAUCCAUCCAUCCAGUAACUAUUCUUUUAUCCAACCAUCAAUUCAACCAUCUAUCCAUCCAUUCAUCCAUCCACAUAUAUACGUCCAUCAAUUACACCAUCCAUCUAUCCAUCCAUCAAUAACUUCAUUCAUCCAUCCACCCAUCCAUCCAUCCAUCUACCCAUCCAUCCUUCCAUCAAUACCCUUAUCCAUCCAUUCAUCCAUCUGUCCAUCCAUCCAUCCACCGACCCAUCCCUUCAUCCUUUCAUCCACCCAUUUAAUAAUACCUUCAUCCAUCCAUCCAACCUUCAAUACUUAAUUCAUCUGUCCAUCCAAUUAGCCAUCUAUCUUGCAUCCUACAAUCAUCCAUCCAUUUAUCCAUACUUACAUCUGUCCAUCCGUCCUUCCAUCCAUCUGUCCGUCAAUCCAUGUGUCUUUCUUUUCAUCUAUCUAACAAACCAGUCAUCAUUCCGUCUACCCUCUAUUAAUCCAUCCAUCUGGAAUCCUGCAAUCAUCCAUCCAUUUGGUCAUCCAAUAACCCAUCUAUUCAUCCAUCCAUCCAUCCAUCCAUCCAUCCAUCUCAGCAUCUGUCUGAAAAGUUGGACAAAGACCUCAGAACUCUCAGUAGAGUUGUGAAGGUCAGUAUGAUGGAGCUGAAUCGGGUCACCUUCUUGUAAAGGGAUUCUUCAAGUCCAGGUCCUUGGGCGAUACUCAAAGUCCUGUACCGGCCCUGAAGUACAUUUACAGCCUAUUAGAGCAGACAGGGGGGUCUGGGUAAUAAAGAGGAAGUAGAUGUUCCUGAUUCUUACAGAUUUGAAGGUGUGUCUGUGAAAAUGUAAAGACUCAGAGUGAUGGAUUAAUGUGGGUCAUUCACAUCGAGGUGAGACCUGGAGAAAGUGUGCAGACAGACGCCCCUCCACCUCCUCUUCCCUCCAUCAUCUCUCUGUUUGCUGUCAUGUGUGUUUUUUCCGCUGUCUUCAUGCGUUCCUCUCUCCCUCCCUCUCUCUGUGCUCGUCUCUCUCCGUUCCUGCCAGUAUUCUCCUCCUCAGAGUCCGUGUAACCCUGAUGUACUCCCGACCACUCUCUGAGCUCAGAGCGGGAUUCCUUUUGGCUGCAUUUUCACUCAAUAUUGCACUCAACUCUGAGCUUGAGCAGACAUCCGGCCUCAGGCAGGACACUGCACUCCAGCAGAAAGUAAUGUCUGAGAGAGGCCUAAAAUACACCAUGAAAGAGUCGGAAAAAUGCUCCUGCUGCUCUCUGUUUCCCUGUCUGAGGACUCAUUCUGACCAGGAUCAGACAGACAGAGGAGACACUGAUUUAUUAUUAGGUGUAAUAGGUGUGCAGCAAAAAAACCAAAGAUCUUAAAUGAUGACCUUCUCGGUUCGAAAAACACUGACUUAAACUCAACGCUUAAAAUUCAAGACGACGCUCUGCACGCCUCCAGCAGCUACAAAUCGUUUUCUCCUCGGUCUGUUUUGUUUGCUGUGGCUGUAAUCACCAGGAUAGUGCGAGCAUCUUUCUGCUGCUGUAAUGGGAGCCAAACAAAAGCAGUCAUUUACACUUAGUCAAAACAUGUUGCCAGGCAACCCAAACUGGUGUUUGGAUGCUGCUGGAUAUCCACAGGAGCCCUCAGAUGACAAAUGUGAUGUGUUAUUUAGAUAAACCAAAAUGUGGUUGAAUAUUUAUAUCAAUGCCAGUCUGUAAAGAAACAUAAAUAUGUCAGCGUGUAAAUAAGACCAUAACUGACUAAAAGUGUGAUUUAUUUCAAAGUUAUUGUCUUUGACACUCGCUCUGCCUCUACAUAUUAACCCUGGUGUGGGUGUGAGCUUCUGUUAUGUGUCAAAAUUUAUGACCUCUAUCAAUCACAGAGUCAGCUGAUCAAUACAAGCCUUCAGUGACGGAUUAGUCCCAAUCUGUUCCUUUCACUCUCAAACUCCUACAUUCAUACUUCUAUAAUAGACCCUGUGGAUAGUGUAGACAUUUUAAAGUGUGUCUUUGGGGGCUUGAUGGACAUCAUACUCAGACACCGUCCAGUUCAGUCGUGCAGCUUUAGGUUGGUCUAGAUGGGCCCGGGCCUGGACCCGUCCACUUGGCACACAUGCCCAGCCAAUCAGAAAACCUCUAAAUGGAUCACAUUUAUGCUGUUGCAUCUGUGAUUGUGAAUAAAAGGCUACGGGAUGCUGAAGAUAAGAUUAAUUUUAUUUAUACCCGAAGGGACAUUCAAUAGGUUUUUUAUUUUAUUUCAUUUUAUUAAUUGUAUUUUAUUAUAUUACCUUUAUUAUUUUAUAUUUUUUAUUGUAUUUUUAUUUUAUAAUUCAAUUAGGCAUUAUUACCUCUGACGUGGCUACCAUAAAUUAGUAAGCAGUCAGACGAGCACUUCUUUUGAGCUGCAGAACCUCAUAAUUUCAUUUGUUAACGUCUUUGGUUGGUUGUUUUUAUCUGUUGUUUGUCUUGCAGUGUGUGUGAAGCUUUUUUAUGCUGCUGUCUUAACAAGGACUGUCUUUAAAAAAACGGAUUUAUCCCUAAAUCUAGUAAAUUAAAGAAUAAAUCAAAUAAAUAGGAAUAAAUUGAGUUUCUACAGCCAAGUGAAACCAGUAUUUGCAUGUAAAGAUCUGGACCAUGAAUUUGGGACUCUUCUACCUCUCAUCGAUGUGAACACACUACGAUGGUUAUAGACCCUUUAUUUGAUGUGUUUGAUGGAUUUUGACCUAAUUUCCCCUGUGACUCUGAAUCAGUGGGAGCUCUUCUUCUGCGAUGAAUUUGGCAAAGCAGGAACAGUGAGCAUGUGUGGAGAGCUCACACAGAAGCUGACAGCUCUGACUCAUGCUGCCAGUUGGUCUGAAAUCAAGCUGCAUAAUGACAUAAUGUUCAUUGAAGCUAUUCAGACUCUGAAAUAACAGAGUCAUUUCUGUGCAAAGAGACGUCAGUCAGUGGCUCUAAAGUUGGUAGUUAUUGAGCGAUUUAGUUUGUGUGUCUGUCUGAGACAGCUGUGGGUGGAGACCAGGAUUUGGAGGUAUGUUUGACAGCAGUCGAGCCUGCCCCCCAUGUGAAACCUAUUUCCAGAUUUCCCCUCUUAUUAGCCUGAUAAAUGAUUGAUAAUGAGCGGCCUGUAGCCUGUUUAUUUAACUUAAAGAUGUGUGUUUAUGUGUGUGUAAUUCUGUGUGGGAAGUUUUCACAAUCCCGCCUUGCGCCUCUGGGAAAUUGUUAUGAAGUCAAUUAAAGUCAAAUAACUCGCAGAUCCUCUCGUCCCCUUCUCACACAGACGGUUGUCUCGAUGCCUUGUGAUGUUCUGACACUAAUUUGCGUCUUAAUCACUUGAGGAAUUCACCGCAGUGACUCACAUAUGUUGGUUUUCACCUGCUCUGAAAUGGAUGGAUGUAUCGAGGAGGAGAAGCGGCUCCGGCCUCAUUAUUUCAGCGGUAUUUAAAGAGGCGUUUAGUCACCUGAGACCUUUACUGACCUCUGUGAGCGAGCGCGGCUUCCCCCCUUCACGUUUGUUGGUUCAGGCGUCACUGUGUGUCAAUUAUAGUUGUUUCACUAAUUAAAAACUAAUAAUAAGAAGAACUUUAUUGAACCUCUGAAAAAAGAGUUACUUAUAAGAGUUAUAAGAGUGAGUUAGACAGACCCGGUUAGAUCAGGAUGAGAUUUAGUUUAGUUACAGAGCAGCUCUUUUGGCCGUGUGAACUAUCUUAAAAUAUGAUUUUUCUGUCUGAAAAACUCAAGUGUCUGCAAACGCACAUUUAUCUUUUUAUUGAUAUAGACAUAAAAAACAGAGUUUCACACAAAUUAUACACAAAUCAUCGUAAAUUACCAGAAACUCUCCAGCUGGUCUCACGAAGCGAGUGGAUUUCAGUGAGUCGGUGUGCUGAAACCUCAUCCUCCUUGGUUGAGUCUUGCACCAUCAUAUUAUUGUUUUGUACUCAGCUGCUCCUGCUUGAAGAAUCUGAAGCCAAAUGGUGUUGAUCGCACUAUCAACCAGAAAAUAUAUAAACAUUACCACCACUAAAAUAUGCAUAAAGUUUUUGGAGUUUUCACCAAUGUCAGAGUCGCCGACAUCCCAAAUCGGUGACCGCUCACAGAUAUAUUGGUUAUAACUUUAACUUUAUUUCAUAUUUAAACUCUUUAUCCCUAUAUUUGAGACAGCUCUGACUAUAAACUACUAUUUCAUGUCUCCUGAGUCAGAUCCCUUUACAUGGAGCUUGAGUUCACCUCUGGCCUGACUCGGUGGAAUUAUUUACCUUAAACUUAACACAUCGUCACAUUGGAUAAGAUGAAACCCAGACUAAAUCAAGUUUAACCUAAUUAUAAUUAUAAAUCAGUGUUUUAGAGUUUUUGUUGUUUUUUUGACAAAUUCUGCUACACUCACAUUUACCAAAUGCACAGAUAUCCAAAAAGCAACAACGGUGUAAUUUCGUCCUUAAUUAACCGAACCAGCAGGAUGCUCUUGACUUCAGUGACCUCUACCACAAGAUAAAUAUGAUCAGGAGACACACACAUGACCUGAGGGUCUGUUUCUAUUCCUGAAAUCUCUCUGAAGCGUGAAGUGUGAGGACAGUUUGUGGGCAUUCGCCGUCCUCUUUUUGCCCACGCCGCGGCUCAUACAUCAUUAACUGUCUGGUUCAGGAAGAUGGGGUCAUCACAGUUUGACGGCCUGAGUGGACUCGGCUAUUAUGGUGUGAUGGUGCAUUACGUGGUCUGGAGAUGGAGGUGAUGAAACCUUCAACUCUGUGGCACCAGAUAUUUUUGAUCACCUGUUAUAGGAUUGUCUUUGUUUGUGAUUCAUGCUGGACGGACAUGUUGGGGCGUUCAGAGCCGAUCUUAACGACUGAGAGAAACCGUUUAGAAAGUUCGUGUUUGUUGUGUGGAUGUUUGUGUCAGUGAUUAUGGCUGAUAUACAAAAUAAAGUAAAGGUUUUGAUUGACUGGCAUGUUUGUGUGAGUUUGUGGAGUCUGAAUAUACGAGGUUAUACAGUCAGUAAGUGUGUGACUGAUUGCAGUUUUGGAGCCUUGCUGAUAAUGAUUGCUCCUCUUGUUUUGCUGUUCGUCUUGUGCAGGUGGUGUUUUCCUCUUUUUCAACAGCUCUCGACUGAUUUUGUCAGAUUUUGCCCAAAUUAGUCAUUGUGGUAAUUUUGUGUUUCAACACUGAGUAUCAGGACUUCCUGUUCGGGGAGCUGUUGGCCUGACGUGAUCUGUAGGUGGUUUUCAUAGUCGUGCUCAAUAAAGUUUCUGGACAAUAAACAAAGGUCAGCUCUGAGCUGCAGGGAAGUUGAGGGAGUUACACAAACAUGACAUUUACAAUCAUAACUAUCAGUGCACAGAGCAGGUUUUAAUGGGCAUCACUGAGCUGAGUAAACAAUUGCAUGAACGCUCUGCUGGUAUGAAUCCUCAUCAUGGCCCAAAACAUCCUGCUAAUGAAUGCUGAUAAAUGGUAAAUGUCAGGUCAGGAUAGCUCUGCUUCAUUUCCAUGUUCCUCUUUCUCUGAAUCGCCUCACUUUAGGACUGAUAAUGGAAUAAAUACACCUGUAGAAGCAGAGGUCAAUGUAGGGCUGCACGAUUUUAGCCAAAAAUUAGAUCCAGAUUUUUUUCCCUAAGAACUCGAUUUUCGAUUUUUUAGUCAGUGACUCCUUCAACAAACUUCACUGUAAAAAUAAAAAGUUGUUCUAUCAUCUCUUAAAACAAAACCACUGAAAAUGAUGUUGUGAAUAUGCCAAGCCAGUAAGUGGCGCUGUAACACUGCACAGGAAAUGCACAAAAGACAGAAGAAGAGUACAGAGCAUGUGUAUAACGGUUGUUUUGGCCGGGCACACACAGACGCCAUCAAAGAGUUUUGCUGUGUCACAUGAUCACUUUCAGAGAUGCAGAUAGACAUCCACAUGGAGAUGAGAUGGUGGUCGUUUACAGAUUUAUUCACUCUCUGACCCGUUUUUAAAAAGUACCGUUUACAGUCACCCGAAACGCCGUUUUCGUGUGGAUGAAACGCCGAUACGACAAAAAACAUUUUGUGCAUUUUGCUUUUCAUCUGAAACUGUGAAGCUGUACCAAUUCAACACGACUGACUCGCUCUUGUCCUAUUUAGCCACAUAGUUAUUGCCUUUGUUUGCAAACGCCAUGUUUGUUUACACUGGUCUGUGUGGGAACCGGGGAGCGCUCCCACAGGAAGGGGGGGCCUAUGGUGGCCUGGAGGCGUGAGACAUAAUAGAGAGGAAAAUCGAUUUAACAAUUUUAAUUUUUUAACAUUGUCAUUAUCAAAUAAUCCGAUUUAAAAUCAAUUAAUCGUGCAGCCUUGGGUCAAUGAUUGGUGGUUUCUUUUAUAAUAGUCUAGAUUCCUGAGUUUGAGUCUAAUUUUGGUUAUAAUUGGCGUCAGUGUUUGUGAUAUGACAGUUGAGGUGGUGUCCUUGGCGUGGAUGGUGGAAAAAAGACCUCCAGGUAGGCCUAAAGCUCGCUGGAGGGAUUUUACAUCCCAUCUGGUCUGGGAAUACGUCCGGAUCCCACAGGAGGGGUUUGGGUUGGCGUGUUGAGACUGACGGCCUCACGACCUGAUCAAAGUGAAGUGAUGGAAAAAUGAAGAGAAAUGAACUUAUAAGAAUUAAGACCCUACGCUUAAAUCUAAUAUUUGGAUUGCAAUUGUUUUUUAUUGUUUUUUCGUCAAACUAUUAUUAUCCCCUCCCACGUAAAACACUGAUACAUAACGACUGGCAUAAGCCUGCUGCCUGAGAUUAGAGCAACAAGAACCACAAUGUGUAACAAAAACUUCAACAACCUAAAAUGAAACUCCUUUAGACCAGAGCUGCUUUGACAUGUUAGUUUUAGUCUGAGCUGUGAAAGUUUGAAUCCACAGGAUGAACAAAGGUUCAGUAAAAUGAAGCUCAUUUGAACAUUUCCAGGAUAAAAAAUUACAUAUUCAAAUGUGGAGGAAAAAAAGUCCCUUCAGGUAGUCAACAACUCUCAGGUUUCAUUUCUGCACUCAGCUGGUAAAAGUUGGUGAAAGAGUCAUUAAGCCGUUUCUUUUCCUCCACAUCGGACUAACUGCCACUUACAGUGUCCAUCAUGAGAAGCUGAGGUCUGAAUCGCACACCUUCAACCUUUCAUGGGUUCAGUUUGAAGUUUUCUCCGACUCUCUUUCUUUCACUCUUUUGUGCUUUGAGCCUCAAUAGCACCAAAACUCCAGAUUGACCGUUCAGCUCCAUACAAAAACCCAAACCUGUCAUUCAGAGGUGAACCUCACAAAAAGAAAAAUAAGCUGCUGCGACCGGGGAAAUCUAACACAGGUGGAAGAACAAAUCACACACGUGAACUGAGGCCAAAACAAGUGAAAACAGUCGAUGUAAAGACUGUAAGUGAUGUUUGAUUUAUUGAAACAGCAGCUGGAAGGAGAUUUUCGCUUCGUCACUGAGGUGUUCAGUUAAAGGUUUUCAUGUCGGUUUGUUUUUGUGCUCCUGAUCAGACGGAAAGAAGCAGGUUUUCUAAUUAAAACAGCGUGAUAACCUUGAAUCGAAACAUGAAAGUCGCUGUUUCACUGAUGUGGAUGUUGGAAUUGACAUGUCUGAGCAGGUCAUCUCUAUUAAAAUGACAGAAAAGAGGAAGCUCUUCAGCAUGCAGGCGGAGUAAUACCCAUUUCUGCUCAUUCCUGUUAAAUAAAAAAUCUCAUCAACAAGGCAGCGGACUCCUUCGCACUGAUUCAUUGUCCUUUGUGAAUAUUUUCCAGCUGAGUGAACCACCUGCUUUCCUAAUUUACCUCCUCACCCGAGCUCCAGGCGAAAUUAUCUCCUUUUUUUGGCCUCCAUUUUUCUCUCUCCUGGUCCGAGCCAGCGGGGGAGAAUCUGUCAUGAGCUGACCCUCUGCUCCUCUGACACAUUUUUCCCUGUUUUAGAUGCUGAGAAGCAGUAUCCGACCAGACUUUGGACGGCACUCAUUGCCUCUAGUUGCACUCGGUAUAAUAGGAUGCUUGUCUUUGCCUGCUGAGAGGGAACACCAGUGUCGGGACGGCUAUUGUUUGUGAUUAGGGACUCCUACUGAGGCCUGAGCUUACUUUUUAGGAGACAAUAUAAAGUUGAAGGUCUUCUCUGUGGAUCCUGUGUUUACCCACAGACAGGGGUCUGAUGGAAGUAUCUAAUGACGCCAUGUUAGGUGAGCAGAGACAGGGAAACAGGCUUGAAUGAUGAGAACAGAGUGUGGGAAAAAGGGUGAGAUCGGGUCGAGUUUACACCCCGCAUUACGUACAUUUGUGUUGCCAGUCAGUUUCCUGAAUAAGUAAAUAAAUCAGUUUUAUUCCUGCAGAAGUAAUUGAGCUGACUCACAUUUAAAACAAACAAAAAGGUUCUUGGAGUACAUGCUGCUCCUCCCUCUGAAGGUCCUUAUUCACCGUCAGUAUCAAUGAGAAGUAAUUGACUGUAAUUUGCAUUAAACCAUAUGAUAUUGAACCAAUUUGGACCGAUCUGCAGCUGCAUUACAGGCUCAGAGUUACUGCUGCAGCUGCUCCGCACAUGUGCAGUCAGCUGCUGUAGAACAACAUCAUCUGCUUGUCGUGGAUGUCUAAGUUCACAGGCCAGGUCUUCUUCAAGAUCACUGGAUUCCUCUCUUUUAUUUUGAAAGGUUCCUCUGUCACUUCCUUUGUUCACUUUGCUGCUGAGAUCAAAAUCCAGUCUCCUCUUUCAGUUCUGCAGAUGAUUAUUCCUGCAUAGAUCUGCUGCAGACAGUCUUUCGAAGUGCAGCGCUGUGACCGGUGUUUUAUUGAUCUGAAUGUAUGUUUGCAGGUCUGAAUAAUCCAAUGAUUUCCAUGAACAACCUUACAUACAAUCAAACCGUUGUUUGGAAAAAACAACAAAAUAAACCUGCAAAGAUGAUCUUUCCUGCCACAGCGCUAAAACUACCAGAAAGUGUUUUUCUAACCAUGGUACGCACGUGCAUUUACAACCUUAGGAGGACCAAACAUCCCCUUUUACCCUGACAUGACCUCUUUUUGGGGGCUGUCCGGCCUUGUCCGAGCGAUUUUAUGAAAUCCUUUAAAUGUCCGGAGUUUUCAUGGAAGUUUUGAGUUUGUGUCACGUGGACUAACUGAGUUAGAAGUGCGUAAAAACACUCGACUCUGUGACUCCGCCCCCAGUUUAGUUGUGUCCUCUUUUUUUGGGGAUGCAGAAUAAGGUCACCCUUCAACUCUAAUCCAAACAUUGGACUAAUGCAGACGUUUUCACCAUAUUCACCAUGACUUUGUGGAGGCCCCUGAAUAUAACCACUUCUACCUAAUUAGCUCAUCUCAGCCAAUUCAGUGGUUCAUGCCUCAAGCGUGCCGUCAGCCCUGUCAGCCCUCUGCCUGCAGCACCAACUCUGUCAGGAGGUCUGUGCCGACCACAGAGGCUCCAGGGUGCUAGUCAUCAAGAAGCUUCUGCUCUUUAGAUCCAAUCAGCAGCACUUCAGCGGCUCAUUCAGCCCUGACACCUGAUAUGGAGCCACUCCAAAUACUCCAGAACGGCUGCAAAAGCCGUGAUACGGAGGCUAUUCUGAGGCCGUGUGGGUGAUCUGGCUUUUUUCACUGCCUGACACAGUUUGAAACGUUUUCAUUUGAAAUGGUUUUCAUAAUUGUUGAUCUGAUCGUGAGUUUGAGUAAAAAAAGACUGUACUUUUUAUCUUUAUACUGCAGCAAAGGAAACCAGCUGCUCAACCGUGGAUCGGAGCUUUUAAAGCUCAUGUCUGGUGGAGUUUUUCCCCAGUAACCCCUCAUCUGUCUCUGAACUUCUAAUUGAGGUUGCCUCUCGGUGAUUGCCCACCAGAAAUUCAGCUUAGCUGCAGGUCAAAGUUCAUCUGUGUUAAAUACCGACAAAGUUUCCAGUUUCAAUCAGAACCUCUCUGACUUUUCUUUCCAGCUAACUCUCCUUUUCUGUCGUCCACAUGCUCACAGUUAUAUAAAGUAGAACUUAAGAACAAGUGACAGUGUGCAGGAGUCCUUCAUACAUCUGGAAAGUCCAUUUAGAGCAAAAACAAGGCAGAACAGACAAGAGGAGACUGGCAGAACACACAGGUACUACAAAUGGUACCAAAUGGCAGAUGUGCUUCAUUUCCUCAGAGUUAUGUGCUGGUGUUGUUUUUGAACAGACAUUAAAUUCAUGAUGAGACCAUGAAAGGUUUAUUCCUGCAUGAACGUGUGUUUCUAAGGAGAGAAUAAAAUAACUUGUGGAUUCAUUUAGGGAGUUUCUAGAGAGUUUAAGCUGCAGCUUUACAAGACAUUACCAAUUAAACCAGGUCUGAAACACGCAAACUCAUCAAAACUUGACCAAUUUUAUGAUAUAUAUCAAGGAAAUACAGGGAUGAGUGCUGGAACCUUGUGGUCUUUGCCGUCUGCUCUGACCUCGAUGUGAAGGAACGACCCUCCUUCACAAGUGUCAAGCAAGUAAGAGCGCCGGUACUCAGACUGAAUUGAUCGACUGGUGAUCAGUUCAAGAAGUUCAGGAACAGGAAAACCAAUCCUGUCCUUCAUACACUCCCACUUUCAAACUGCGUCACAGAACUUUGCAGAACAAUCGAUCUGAAGCCGCGUGAUUCCUGCUGUGUUGUUCUGCGUCCACUCUCAUGCACGUCUUGCACACUUUAAUCUGACAUCUGCACUGUUCUGUGUUUUGAAUUGCAAGAGGCCCAACAGGGUUUUAAAAUCUGAAUGGAGCUGCAAGAGUGUCUAGACCAGGAUCUGGAGAACGAUCAGUGACUGCAUUAUAAACCUCAGCUUAUGUCCCAUUUGCAUGUAAUUGUAUUUCAGCAUUAUGCUCUGUUGCCUUUUCAGAGUCAGCGUGGAUAAAUUCAGCUGGCAGUCCAUCAGAAAACUUUACAAAGAUGCAGUCAGACAGAUCCUCUGACCACCACACAGAAUCUAUUUAAAACCUGAGUCAAGUUUUGGUGAUGAAAACUUCUCUGUGACCUCCAACAGUCUUGGUUCAGGGUUGUGGUUGUCCUGUGCAGCUUCCAGGUAACUAUGUUGAUGCUGAGUCAGAGUUUUCCGCCUAAUAAAUCUUUUUAACAAACCUUUAAGACUGGACAGCUGGCUGCUGAGCUUAAUUGUUCUCUAAGAAUCAGGAAGCAGAUGCCAGCAACUUUCGAGUCGGAUGCUGACGGGCAACUACUGAUCACUUAGUGUCCAGGAGAGGGAAGGAGGCUCCUCCUUCUGCUCGCGCUGUCAGAUCCAAAAUGAAGCCAGGCUCUAGUUUUAAAAACACUCAUCUGUAUGCUCCUGCUGCUGUGUUAAAAGCCCGACACAAUACCGUCCAUAUCAGAGUCUCAUUUGGGGGAAAGGUCAGACUGUCCGGCUGACAAAUUUAAGAUGAGAGAAGGUUCGUGUGGUACCACUGAGGUCUUUCUGACUUUUUUUGGCGUGUUGAGAAGCUGUCAGCGUUCCCAUUUGAUCUGAUUAGAGCGUCUGCACCUCUGAUCAAAGAAUAAGCCUCAUUUUCACUGCAUCAAAAUCACUCGACAAAUGGGGACGGCGUGCGUAGCUCCGUACUCGAGCUCUGAACCAUGAAGUAAAAGCUUAUUUUAGAAGAUUACAGAUAACUUAACAUGCAAAGAAAACAAGCUGCACACAAGCGAAGAUUUUUCUGUUGACACACAUGAAAAAGCAGAUUUUUUUUCUCGCUCCUGCUGUUUGAAGCCAUUAGCAGAAGUGCAGUUCUGCACCCUCCCUUUUCCCCUGUCAAUCCUUCAAAAGUGAAAGACCACAAGCCUCAGGAGGAUCACUGUAAUGCAUUACCAAUGUCAAACAAAUCUGAGAUUAAACAAGUCCAUUUCAGAGUGCUCUAAAAACCGCACAGCUCACUCUGAGGGCUUUGAUUCAUUACUUAGGUUUGCUGCUACCUUGAGACGUUUUGUUGACGCUCUGCCAAGGUUACAUGAAGAGGAGCCAAAAUGCAUCGUCUGCAGAUUUAUGCCGUAAUAUAUAUCACGUUCCCCGUGGUGAAUAGUGAAUUAGCACCCCGCAUCUGCUCUUCUUAACUUCAUCCUGGAGAAGAAGAAGAAGAAGAAAGAUGACCUUUGCAUUUUUCACAUAAAGGUUUCCUGUCAGAGUCCUUGAAGAAUCACCCGCUUGUUGUAAAUCACUUUGCAUGAGCAAGACAUGAGUCAGGCAAACUUUAAAUGAAGCGAUCAAUAACAGACAAGUUUAAGAUUAGUUUUGUCGCUGCAGCUCUGAAAGUUUUUGCAAGUCAACUAACAAAACGUAUUAAUUAAUCUGGCAAACCUUUCUUAGUUUUGAUAGACGUAUUGUAAGCCUGUUAAAAAGAGCGAGCCAGAAUUUAAAGGGAUUUACUGGCAUAAAAUCAAUUUAGGGUCAAACAAGCCAAAACACAGAGUUAGACACCCCCUCAAGAGAUGAAUGUUGAAGACAGCUUACUUCUCUAGUUAAACAAACUUAAGUAAUGACCACACAAAAGCAAUACAGAGAGCCAUGUGAUCAACCAAAACGCCACUCUAUAGCCACAAAUAAUGCUCAGAACAGCACCUAACUUCAUCAACAGGACAUAUAGGGUCCCAGCCAUAGUACUAGACACCAAACAUCUUUUUAGCUUUGACUAAUUUCUUUAACAAAGAGACUAAACACAACUCACCUACUCUCUUCCAGCAGACGCUUGUUUGAAGUGAGACCUCAGGCCAGUCCAUUACGAACUUCUGUGGGGUGACGCAGCUCAAGGAAGAACAUUUCUAAUCAUUACUUCAUGAAAAUACAAUCAGACUGAGACGCUAAGGCAGAACUACUGCGUCUGCAGUGUAAAAGGAUAAUGAUGAUUAUUAUUUCAAGGAAAUGAUAAAGAAAUUAUCAUAAAUGUUCUUCCUUGAGCUGUGACACCCCACUGAAGUCUGUAAUGGACUGGCCUGAGGUCUUGCUACAAACAAGCGGCUGCUGGAAGAGAGUAGGUGAGUUGUGUCUUUCAGCUGAAGAAAUCAGGCAAAGUUACAAAGAUGUCUAGUACUAUGUCUGUGACCCUAUAUGUCCUGUUGAUGAAGUUAGGUGCUGUUCUGAGCAUUAUUUGUGGCUAUAGAGUGGCGUUUUGGUUGAGCGUGUGGCUCUCUGUGUUGCUAUCUUGCAGUCGUUACUUAAGUUGGUUUAACUAGAGAAGCAAGCGAUCGGCAACAUUCAUCUCCCUCGGGGUGUCUAACUCUGUGUUACCGUGUGUUUAACCCUAAGUUAAUUAAACGCCAGAAUAUCCCUUUAAGACCGCAAAACAUAUCUCUCCUCCUGCAGCAGGAACGGGGGCACAGUGACUUAAAGAGUGAGGAUUGAUGCCAGCAGUGUAGUUAGUGAGACAUACAUCCACCUGUAUAUCAGCAGGAUUUACAUUAGCCAGCAGAAGCAGCCUCAGCCAAGAGCACAAUAACUGGGAAUAAAUUCAAGUGUUACUCUCCGACGUGAGAUUUACAGCGUGAGUACAUUCACUUCAAGCCAACAGCUCGAUAAAAAAGCUCGAUCACCUCUGUAUCUACAUGAAUCACCUGCUGGGAGGUCUUCGCUUUUCCUCUUCCUCACUCCUAUAAUCAGCCCGCUGCUGUGCAGAGAGAGCGGCUCUACUCCUUCCUCCACCUCUUUAUAUAUUCUGCUCUUAAACUUCAUAUUUUCACUCCUGCAGGUUGAAGGAUUUUGUUUCCACCGGGAAUAUAAAGUUGCAGCAAUAAAGUUAACAUAACAUGAAUAACUAUGGCCUGAGAGCAGAGGCCGUGGUUUUACAUCUGAUUUCUGAUGAAUUGAUGAGCUAUAGAGAAGUUAUUGCAGAUAAAUCCAGCUUCCCCUCUGUCUCAUUAAAAGUUUUUAUGUCUGAUGUUUGCACCAACUUGUCAAAUUAGAAAAGUUGAGUCCAGAAAUAAAAGAAGUGGAUUCACUUUUUAUGAAAAAGUCUCACAGAGAAGUUCGUUUUCAUCUAGAUUCUAGGACUCGUAUCUGCUGCUCACUGCGUGGGUCAGAGCUGACGUGUUUGUUGUUUCUUUUUAUCGUUUCCAUAGUGACAGCAUGCCAAAGCGGAUGGCCUUGAUCUGCUUCCUGUCUCUGGUCAUGCUGAUGAGCAUCCUGGGAAACCUGCUGGUCAUGGUGGCCGUCUGCAAAGACAGACAACUCAGGUAUGAUGGAGCGUUUCUCUCCCUCUCUUCUCUUCUGUUUGAGUUUCUACUGAACAUAUUUCCAUCGGUCAGUAGUUCUUUAUGAAUUAAACUAAAAAAAUUAAAGUCAUGAUAGUUUUGACUGAUAUGACGAUUAAUUAGGGUGUGAGAUCUGCAUCACAUGGACUUACCAAAGCACUGUGCACAUGUGAUCGCUGCAGCCUCUCUCUUAUCUCGCUCAUUCUGUCCCUUGGCUUUUCAGACACACACACCUGCCUCCUUUUUGCUCCUUUUUCAUGUUGAACGAAUACCACCAGCUAGUGUUGGGUGGUAUGAACAAAAUCUUAUAUCACGGAAUGAGUAUUUUCAUAUCAUGGUAACAGUAUAUAUCACAGUAUGUUUUUCCCUCUGUAAUUCACAUCUGUCCAUUUUUCUUUUAUUUUUAAACUCUGAUUCAUACACAAAUGCAAACAAAAUGUCAGACCAGUCUAGCGACUUUUUACUUCAUAUGUCAUACAUUUGGCGAAAGACUCUGCCAAGCUCUUUUUUAUGAGAGGAGUUGCUGCAGUUUUAGCUUUUGGUGCAGCAGGUGCGCCACGCAUCUUUUACUCUCAUAAUAGAGCUUGGCGUGUUUCAUCUUUAGGUGGUGGAAGAGGUUUCUGGUGUUUCCUCCUCCAGCAACGACAGCCACACGACACUCUUUGCAUAGUUUUGUUUUUUGAUCAUUGUCGAAUUUUCUAAAUCUGAAGAAUCUCCAGACAACCGAUGUCACGACUCCCGCCCUUUUUCAGAACGAAUUCCUCCUCCUAUUCCUCGUGUCGGGUGGGUGGGGCUGCCUCCUUUUGCUCAGUACUGCCUCUAAUCUCCGCAUCUGCCAUGACGACCACCAGUGAAGCCUUUUCUUCUUCGUUGAAACUACGCCGGUGAUUAUGGGGAGCGCACCCAAACCUGACCAAUCAAACAGAGCGAACAAACCCCACACGACAUGCUGGUGAAAAUACGGAAACGCACCUGGAUGUGCUCCGGCUUUCCUGUUAGGGAGCGCAGACAACCACACACUGACUCAGAGAGAUGCAGCACCUGCUCUCUCUCUCUCUCUCUCUCUCUCUCUCUCUCUCUCUCUCUCUCUCUCACAUGGUAUACACCGUCAUACCGCCCAACACCACCACCAGCCUUGAUAAUGAAAUAAAAGGUGAGGUUCCUCUUGUUGGGACAUGGUUCUCUAACCUUAAUAGUUAAAACUGGAGUCCAGUUAUCCGUCUACUACAGUGGACACCUGCAUUAAAAGGCUGGAAACAGCUCGGUGUUCACACUGAGUCAUCACGUAGGAUUUUCACCUCGUUAUGCAACCACCAAAAUGUUGCACGUAAAUUCUGACCUAAAUUAAAGAUGAGGUUCAAACCAGGAGACUGUUGAGGUUAAAUAAAGCUGAUGUCACUCUGCGCUGCACUCUGAGUGUCUGUGUGCGUUAGAGUCACAGUGGGAGAAUGAAUGGGGCGUGUGUAUUUGUGUGUUAAAGUGAGACAAAUAUAGAAAGGAUGCUUGCAAGAGGGAAAGAGCGUAGAGUAAGUAGAGCGAGAGAAACACGGUGAAGUAAUAAAUCGAGUGUUUCUAAAACAGGAUGUGGAUUCCCUAAACACUGAGUGUUCAGGAGAAUAAACUCCUAAAGUUACAUAAAAAAAUAUGAAUCCAUGUUUUUUAGUGUGUGAAGACUUUUCUCUGAGUUCAGUUCAUCGUAAAAACAGAGGAACGAGCGACGGAGGCAGAGCAGCAGGUCACAGUGAGGACGGCUGGCGCUGUGGGAGCUGCUGUCACCUCAAUGACUCAUUCUUCUUCUACUCUUCCUCCUCUUCUUCUCCUGUCCUCCCCGGCUUUUCUCUUUCUCCUCUUCCUAUCUGCCAUGCCUCUUUUACCUUUCCGUCCCUCACUAUCGCACAGACUGUCAAACCCUCGUUUUUCUUUCUUUGUCUACUUCUGUCCUUCGACACCUGAGAGCUCAGGGUGACCUUUUCCCGGCAUGUUAGCAUGAUGUGUUCACGCCUGCAAAACAAAAGUUCAUGCAGACGAGUAUUUGUGUGCAUGUGUAUGAAUGACAGGUUUCAAUUCAUUUCUGAGUUUAAUUGCCUUCAUGCAGUGUGUGUGUGUGUGUGUGUGCACAAACUGAGUGUGUAUUUAAGAAUGUCGAUGAGUGACAAAGUCACCGCUGUGAUUCCUCAGCUCCCCGAGGAGCGAGCGAUGACAAACCAUAUUUGUUUCUCCGUGCCUCAUUGUCACUGUGUCCACUGGGAAAUACACACACACACACACACACACACACACACACACACACACACACACACACACACACACACACACACACACACACAGUGAGUGAUCCUCCAAGCAAACCUGAAAAUUUGAGGAGCCCACAUGCAGAGAGCCUGAGAGACAGAAACAGGUCCUCAAACAGGUCCUCAGUGAGACGGUCCCACAGGAGAAUUCAUGACUUAAAAAAAAACCCAAAGUGGGAAAACUGUUCAGGGUUUGUUAAAUCUAACAGUUAAAAUUCUUCUUGUUCAUUCACAGCGUUAGUGCUGCGAUUUUUCUUUUUGUUUUCAGGAGACUUCAUUUAAAGUUUUUAUCUUGAAGAAGUUAAAAAAAAGGAUCAAAUUCCAUCUAAAAUCCUUAAAAAAGUACAGGUUUUAAAAAAGGAAGAAAGAAGGGAGGAAGGAAAAUAGAGAGAAAAAAGAGGACAGUAGAGAGUGAGGACAGAAGGAAGGAAGAGAAGGAAAGAUGGAAGGAUGACUAGAUGGUUAAAGAAAAGGAAAAAGAAAGAGAGAGAAAGGGAGAAAGAAUUGGAGGAAAGAAAGAAGAAAGAAAGAGAAAGAAAUAGGAAGAAAGAAAAAAUUGGAGGAAACAAGUUGCGGAGAAAGGAUGAAAGUAAGAAAGAACUGGAAGAAGGAAGGGACAAGGAAGAAAAGAAAGGAAAAAGUCAGGAACAAAAACCAGAAGGAAGGAAGGAAGAAGUAUGAAGGAAAGGAUAAAAGUAUGAAAGUAUUGGAAGAAGGAGAAAGAAAGAAAGAAAGAAAGGAAGAAAGAAAGAAGUUUGAAGGAAAGAAAGAAAGAGAGGUUUAUUUGGAGUCUUCCCAGAAUAUGCAGCUCGUAUCCUGACUUAAUGUCUUGUGUUUAUUUGCUGAACGAAAAUAAAAAAUCUAAAACAUGAAGUUCAACCUUUUAUUAUCAGAAAAAGAUAAUUAACUUCUGAUGCACAAAACGUUGAACCAAACUGUUUAUAAGAAAUGCAACAACUCAGUCCAGCCUCCAUUUAACACCAAAACUAACUGUAACUAUAACUCCAACCCCGUAAUGUUACAGUCAACUGAAACAGACCCAAAACUGACGCAGACAUCAAACAUCACAUCUUCAUCACAUCUUCAUCACAUCUUCGUGCACACGACACAUGAGGACUCACUCCUCACAGUUUUAGCUUCCAGAAAACCUGACAGCACUCUGCAUCCACACAGCCAGCACACACUUCCACACAAACGCUGACAUACCCACACACACUGAAAUGACCACACACACACACACACACACACACACACACACACACUCUCACAGGGGGGACUGUGUCUGCAGGGAGCUGACAGCAGCAGACUUUGGUUCAGAGGAGGCCAAACUCCUCAUCAAUAACUACCACACACAAACAGGGCUGCUGCCGCCACCAAUCACCUUUUGUUUCUCCUAGUGUGUCAUACUGUGAGUGUGUGUGUGUGCGGACUACAACCCCACACACACACACACACACACACACACACACACUGUCUGCAGGCUGUUUAUAGUGGACACUGGGCAGAUCUGCAGUAUAGAGAUAAAUCUGUGACUACGCCAGCUUUCUGUGGUUCUGUGUUAUUCAGGAUGAGAGAUUUAGAUUGAAACAACAUUCAUCUUUUUAAGAAGAGUCACCUGAGGAAAACUAUCGUCUAAUUAUAUCUAAAAAAACAAAGAAAAUUUUAUCUGGUGGUGCAGAAGAUGUCCAGGUUCAACUCCACCCUGUAGUCCUGUGCAUGACCACAUCCCUGCCCCAUCAUCUUAGUGAAGAUGAAAAAUUAAACACGUUUUUUCUCCAGGGUCUGUAAAACCAUCGUUGCAUCUGAAACACACUCAGUCUGGAUAACUCCAACAACCAGGCGGCUGCUGAAACUCCUGCAUCCCUGUGGUGUGCACCUGAGGCGCCAUUUUUCACGUCUUCAGAAAAACAGAGGACUUCAUUGUUUCUUGUGCGACCACAGCUGUCUAGUUAUCGUCUCCUACGGUAGAAAAAGCUUCAGUACAGCCAAACAAUGCCGACCUCUUGACCUUUGGAUUGAGUAUUGGGAUUAUUGUAUUUCCCGUCCAUACGGCAAAAAAAACAUCCUGUCUGUCCUUCUGCUGAAAACCACACUUUAGCUUUGAAGGGAUUAAUGUUCCUCUGACUGUAAUUGUUGUUAUGAUCCGGGGAUUAAAGAGUUGUUGCGGAGGCGUUUUUAGAAAUAUUCAGGAUAGUUUUUCUGCCGUUUUUUAGAAGUGGAGUUGUUUUCUCGCAUCUCCUCAGGGUCAUUUCAUUUACAUGUUCCCAGGUUUGAAGCUUUACAAGUGUAGGAGCACCAGAGCGGCUAAACUAAGCAUGAAAUGUGGAGGUACGCUGAUUGAACAAGACCGCAAAGUUUCAAACUCCUUUCAGCAUCACCGUCUGCCGUCCUCUCACGGCGCGACUCAGCCAAUUUGUAAUGAAAGACUUUUUAAUUAACUUCCCUGUCGAAGGCGCUCUUAUCUCCUCCUCUAACACAGAGGAGACGCCGUGUGUGACCUUGUUAAAAGAGACGGUGUUACAGCAAAGUUGGUGUAAAUUACAGUUUAUUUUCCUUUGCGCUUAAAGCCAAACACCGUGGAUCAUCUGAGCUAAACACGACACCGCCCUCUCUGAGCACUUAAACGUCUCCUAAACCGUUCUGAGUUAUGGCCGACUCUGCCGUCUAUGUGUGUGGAUGUCUACCAGCACUUGAACCGGGUUAUUUACUACAUUUAUUCCCUCGCUUUCCAAAAGCUCGAGCAGGCGUGAGCUAAUGUCUGACAUGAGUUAAGUCUGCCCCACAUGCAGCAGGCGGAGCAGACAGCUGGUUGAUUCCAGUGCUAACAGCCUGUUUUUAGGGGCUGUUUGGGUUACUGACAGGCUGAUGGAAAACCCUCACAGUCAUCGGCUCAAACUGCGGCUAUUUAUAGAGCUCAGACUGCAGGGAACAGGCCGGCGGACUGACCCACUAUCUCUUUGAUUAGCCGGCUGGCUGAAGUUCUGGAUCAUCGGUGAAUUUGAGGGAUUACCACCUCAUCAGGGAGAGACAAUACUCAUCAUCUGCCAAUAUGACAGGCGAUAUUUAGAUGUUAAAACUAUAUCACCAUGCUCUCGGGAAAGUAGGUUUUUAAACGAUGGAGAAUAUGGAAAAAACCUGUAUGAUGAUUUCUGCAGGGGUUCAAUAAUGUGCAGAUUGUAUGCAGAUGUGUAGCUCUCUCUAAUAUCUUUUUAUCCCAUUCAGCCAGUUAAUUCAGUUUAGCACAACAAAACAUUGAAAGGUUGUGAGGCGUGGACAACUUAAUACCCACAAUCCACAGCUUGUGACUGAUUCGGCAAAACUCAAACCGUUGUAGGUACCAGAUGUGUUCUUCGGGCUGCCAGAUCGAACAUUGUGAUGGUCCAGACAUUAUGGAAGCAGUUUUCGCUGAAUUAUGUUUAAUGGGAUUGUCGUUCUUGGACGAGUUUUACAAAACAAUCUAUCGCUACUUAUCAGAGAGGACUUACGACAGCUGGUCUACCACCUCUUUUCAGUCGCCAAAGGAAAUAUGGAAUACAAACAAAACUAUCUAUUGAUAAACGGGGAUCCUGUGUUGUAAUUCUUUGUAUUAUAUGGAGAGAAAAUUUCAAGGUCAAUUAAUUAAACAAAUGGAAAUAAAGAAAACCUCAAAGGCUUUUAACCGAGCACAUUUGACUUAUUAGAUUAAGCGCAGUGUAGUUUGUCCGAGUGGACUUGCCGUAGGGUGACGUCUUCAAAAGGCGCUGGGCCCUGAACAGAUUUGGCAGCCAGAAUACACUUGGUACCUACACCGGCUCUCCCCAAGAUUUAUUCACUGAAUAUUUUUCUUUAAAUGCACCGUAACACCAAAUAUGGAGGAAAGUGCUAAAGAGUGACGCCUCUCGUCUAGCCUUGCUAUGUACCCAAAAUCCUUUGUGCAUAAAAUACCGUAACACAUCAGAACUUCUCUCUGCAUGUCAGAGUUGCACUCAGCUGACAUAAAAGUAUUAAAAACAUGUUUUACUUGGAACCUUUUGUUGCACACUUCAUCAGUUUUUUAGUACAUUUGGAUUAGAAAUACAGCAGGAUUACGGACCUAAUAGUUGAAGAUAUUUCCCCCACCUUUUAUCAACACUUACUCUUGUUAAGUGUCAUAAUUAAUGCCUGAAUCUGCCUAAAAAGAGAAUCAACUUUUUCUGUCUUUGUUUUCACACUAAAGAGAAGGCGUAGAGAGGACUAUUUAGUCAUUGUCAAGCGUCUAAAAUAACCUGAUCAACACCGUCUUAUCAAUAAAUAUCCAUACAGUCGUGCAUCCCUUUUUAAAUCAUUCAAUCAAACCUUAAAAUCUGAUGAUUCCUCGUCAGUUUUGCAGUUUCAGCCCUCUUGUAAAUCCGUUAAUUCAUCACCUAGCUAGCAGAGUGAAAUUGCAGUCAUCGUGUAUUGACAGUUCUGGUUAGGAAGCAUGAGUUGGCGAAAAGAAAUGCUGACUGUACGGCAUCGCUGAAUGUCUGUACGCGUCUUGAAGAUGAGCCUGACUCAGGUGUUGGUUACUCAUUGCUUUCAUUAAGUUGCACUGAUAAAAUAUAACACUCAUUCACACAGCAGCCGGUGCUUUUUUUAUUUAGGUUCACUCAAUCCAACACUCAACCAGUCUGCUGAGUCUGUGCAUGAAGGUGGAUUUCAAAUGAUCUACAGGAGAUGAAGGAAGACAGUUUUGGCAUGAAGAGCUUGUGUGUCACGUAAAAAAAGUAGAAUUAAGACUGUAAAUGAAAAAACUGGAGGUUUUCUGACGUUAGGACCAACAGUCUGCAGAAAAGUGUCAGAGAAGAUUGUGAACUGCAUUUGAGGGUCCUUCAUAUUGUAAUUUUCAUCCUUUUUAUUCAUGCAAUUCCUCAGAGGAACAGCACAACCCUCGUCUGAGACACCUGCACCUGCUCAGAUAAAUCUCCUCUAUUCACAGAGAAGAGGAUCAGUCUGUUGGUGACGGCAAUCACAAUGGACUCCAUCCUUCAGUCUCAUUUAUAUUCCUGAGUUUCAUCAGUCUGAAGAGAGAAUCUACCGUAAUCUCGUCGUCUCUUUGUGGGUUUAUCUCAUUUCAAGUUUGUCUGUGUUCGAGUGAAGUUUGGAGGAUUUCUUAACUUUUUCAUUUUCAUCCCUCGGCAGUACGUUGUGUCUUCACACAGGCCAUUAAACCAGGAGAUGGAUGCUUCCUCUCCUGAUUCUGUUGUUUUGUGGUUUUCCUGAAACAAACGGUUCAUGCCAUCACUUUUUUAAAAAGUCUAUCUUUGCUGUUAUCAGGAUUCAGACAUGAAAAAUAAACCUGUGCAGUAUGAUCUGUGGAGUUUAAGCUGUUCCUGCAUUAAGAUUUACAUUGGGUUCAGCAAUGUGCAGUUUUAAUGCAAACACGAAGCCCUUUCUAAUAACAUGUUUAUACCACCUGGUUAAAUAUUCUUACAGUCGAGCACAGCCGAGGUAGACUCACUUUCUGUGACCCACAGCCCACACGCCAAAAGGCUGAGACUUGAACCAGCCCCCUCUGCUGGUCACUCAACAUCCUAACUUGAGGAGUCGUUGUGUUCAGCAAUGUGCAACUUUUAUGUGGACGUGUAGCUCUUUCUCUUCAUCAGUUGUCUUCACAUUAGUCUGAAAUAUCUUAAAAUUACUUUCUUAAACUUGGUCUCAUGAGGCUAGGGUGGCAGAUCAUUGAUUUUCCUGUUUUCUGAACAUGUUCGAAGCACUCGCCUCUGGUUUACGUCAAUACGAGCAUGAGAAAGAUGCUUGUCCGUUUUGUCUUCCCCAGACCCCCUUAAGCGGCCUCAUAUUCCCACUUCUUUGUUAAAAUCCCCGUCCCCUAAGGAAAGAAAGCCUUCAGGUCUUUUUUGUUCCUCACGAAAAGUUGAUUAAACUUUUCCAUUUGUUGUUUCCUUGAAAAUACAUCAAAAUGCAUAUGAACCAAUUAAGUAAAGCGAACAUAACAGCCUUUUUGUUUUGUUUUCAUAACUACAAGGACAUAUUCAGAGCUGUUUUUCUAUAAUGAAAGCAUAAAUCUCUUAAAUAAACAUUUUUUGUUUUAACUAAAACAUGCAUCUGUUAUUCGAUGUUGCCUCUCUGUGGUAUAAUUAAUCUCCUUCUAAUAAAUAAGUCAAUCUUGGAUACUCUCUCCAUUUUUCAAAACAUUCCUGCAAGAACAGCGAUGCCAGAGCAAUUCAUUAUUCUUGGAUUAAAUUAAAUCAAACCUUUAAUGUAUUCAAAUAAAACUGUCAAGAAAGUUAAAGCAGAUAUAUAGACUGGACUUCUAUAUAAGUUACUUUGUUUGGAUUCAUUCCUCUGAGUCCUUUUGCGUUCAAAUGAUUGAAUCAUUUCUUCUUUCUCUCCAUCAUUCAGGAAAAUCAAGACCAACUACUUCAUCGUGUCUUUAGCGUUUGCCGACCUGCUGGUGUCGGUGCUGGUGAUGCCGUUUGGUGCCAUCGAGCUGGUCCACCAGCACUGGAUCUAUGGGGAGACCUUCUGCCUGGUCCGGACCUCACUAGACGUCCUGUUGACCACUGCGUCCAUACUGCACCUGUGCUGCAUCGCCCUGGACAGGUCAGACCUCUUUCUCUUGUUGUGUUCGUUUAUAUAUUUACAUUUACCUCUUUGCAGUUCCUUAUUUUGUGCAAAAAAACUCGUUCAGUUUAAAAGUUAAAAUGAAUCCAGCGCAGAAAUAAGCAGCUGUGAGUCCGGUUUAAGACUCUGCAGAAGCAGAUUGCCGUAUGCUGUCUUCCUUUUAAGCGAAUUCCUCCAUUAUGACAGCUCUGAUAUCAACUCAGAGGAGAAGACUUCCAUGCUGAUGGCACAGAUUGUGUGAGAAAGCAGACUGGAUAAAUUCUUUUUAUUGCCUCUGCAGCCCGUCUGAUGGAAUUCAUUUCAACACAGAGAGCAAAAAAAAAAAACCCACUUUGGCAUUUACAGCACCUGACAAAACUCAGCACAGCAGUAGAUGUAAACAGGGCAGACAAAUCAAGAGAGAGAGAGAGAAAGAUAGAGAGAUACAGAGACAGACAGAGAGAGAGGGAGAGAGAGAGAUACAGAGAGAGCAUGGACCAAAAAGUUCCUUUAUGGGUCAGAAUAAAUCAUGCGUAUUGAGUUUUCUACCUUCUUAUCACCUUAUUUUCCCAUUUUGCUCGUGUGCAGUCUGCAAAAUGGACCAACCCACUAAAUCAACCUCAAGAUCUGUUUACUGGUCCCUGUUCAAAAGAAGCAGGUCUCUUGUUUCAUAGCAUCUUGCUAAUGAAUUAGCCCACUCUUAAAGGGAUAUUCCGGCAUGAAAUUAACUUAGGGUCAAACACACGGUAACACACAGUUAGACACCCCCUCCAGAGAUGAAUGUUGCCGACCGCUUGCUUCUCUAGUUUUACCAACUUUAGUAACGACCGCACGAUAGCAAUACACAGCGGUCUGUGGAGCCAUAAACAAACCUCAACCAAAACACCACUCUAUAGCCACAAAUAAUGCUCAGAACAGCACCUAACUUCAUCAUCAGUACAUAUAGGGUCCCAGCCAUAGUACUAGACACCAAACAUCUUUUUAACUUUGACUCAUUUCUUUAUCAAAGAGACUAAACACAACUCAUCUACUCUCUUCCAGCAGCUGCUUGUUUGUAGCGAGACCUCGGGCCAGUCCAAUACGGACUGCUGCGGGGUGACGCAGCUCAAGGAAGAACAUUUAUGAUCAUUUGUCUGCUCUGAUUCCAUCCAAGGUGAUUGUAGACAUUUUUUCAGACUGGGCUGUAACAGACAUGAUUAGCUUCUCUUCAUCUACUGUGUGAAUCUGAGGAAUCAUUGAUGAAUUGCAGAUAAGAUCGUUUGUGUUUUGGAGAGUGGAAAGGGCAGAAUAUCGAUGCCAUAGCUCCACAGUCACCAGCACAAUGUCAUUAUCCAUUGGCUUCACUUUCAUACAUUAAAGGGGGAUAGAGAUGCUCUAAAUGCACUUUAAGGUGACCCUGUAUUUAGUAAGGAUUGUAUCCCACCUGGAUCACCCAGUAAAGACGUUUCUCUCAUUGUUUCUGCUCACCUCAUGCUGUGUGUCCAGCCUGAAAGUGAGGAAAUCAAACCAGAGAGAGUCAGGCGUAUCAUGCAGAGAGCUGGAUUUAACUUCAUUCCAGCUCCACAAUGCACCAAUCGAAGAGGGUGUGGGCCCUCGCACCUUAUCUCUGUUUUUACUCUCCUAAAGCUGAUUUAUGUUCGCUGCCUUUUGUCGCAGCUGUCUGGAAUAUUUUAAGCCCUGAGAAAGUAAAAAUGUGAAGCACAUGUUGAUUAAAAAAAUGCAUGUGGAUCUCCAGCCCGAAUGUAAUCUUUGGAUCUAGUGUUGAUCUGAAUAUUGUGCGAUGAGUUUCUUUCUUCCUUCCUUUUAUCCCUAAUAGCAUCGCUUGGUAAAUCCUCAGAAAAGCACACUUGACUUCUACCAUCUCUCAAUGAGGCUUUCAUGGUUAUGAUCCAGUUUCACUGCAGAGUAAAGGUCUCAUGGAAAAGAUCAUUAAAGCGAACAUGCGUGUGACAUACGUGUGUUUUAAUGAAGACCACUUUCCAAAUGAGACUUCAGAAUAAGGAUGCAGAGCUCAGCAGCGGUGAGCGAGGAAAUGGUUUCUUCAUUUAAUUAACCCACCGGAGGAGCUUCUUUACAUACAGCUGCCUCUCUGUGUGCUGCAGCUCCUGUUUCAGCCUCCAUCAGCCCAAAUAUACUUCUGUACCCAGUGAAGAAAAACACAAAUCCAGUCGUCUUCACCUGCUGAUUCUGAGAUCCCUCUUUAGAGCAAUAUUGCCAAUGUGCUAACACUUUAAAGCGCCACAGCAAACAGCAACACAUCAUGGCGUUGUAUUGGAGAAUGAAAGAGAGUGAAGCCACGACACACAAUUUGCGGUUAAUCUUUUGUAUUCGUCCUCUUUAACAGUAUAACAGCGUUUCAACAGUGCUCAUCUUUCGCAUUGAUCGUAACAAUCAACUUGAAUAUUAACUUGUGUUUGAUUGCGGGAUUUUGCUUUAGGACCCCAAAACUACCCGUAUCAAUGCCCAAACAAAAAUGCAUUAAAUCCCAAGGACCCCAGGCCGCCUAAAAGCAAGUGCUUGAACAAAGCCUACUUCAACACAAAGACAGAAAAAACAGGAAAUUUAUAAAACCUUGGGUUUGCAAAUGUCUGAAUAUUGUCAAAAUUAAUACUUGUUUGAAAAUUCAUGCAACAAGCCCUGAAGAUGUGAGAUAAAAUGAUGACUUGGGUGCGAAAGAACACUCACAAACUUAUGCAAGUUAGGAAACUAACAAACCUUAUGUAACGUGGAACCAUGUGACCAGCUUUUGACCCCGGGCUGCAGAGUUGGAUGACUGAGGAGUGGGAACAAACUGCUGCCAUCAUCUCAAGUAGCAUCGCUUAAAUAGCCUGUAAACUGUCAGACUGUAAUUAUAGGUUCUCAGGCUAUUUGAGAUGAAGUUUGUGUUUAUUUUAAAAGCACCACACAGAGUGGCAGACAGAGAGAUUUUAAGUGUGUCCUCAUGGAAAACUGCAGGAUGAGACCAAGAAUUAAUGAAACUGUCACUCAAUUCAGCUGCAGCAAAACGCAGCCGAGACUCUGGAGUCCCGAGUGGCACAAAGCCCAGAUUAAGUCUGGGUGUAUUUGUGUUCCUCUGGAGUUUUUAUUUUAAUUUUCAACAAACACACAGAAUCGCUCUCAUUCUGCACAACUACGUAAACAAAGGCACCAGAGAUUAAAACAAGCGUUGGCAGAUUUUGUACUGGAUUUGCAGCUAAUCCUCGUUCAUUACCGAAAACUUGGAGCCAAACUUUUUCGGCGUUCAGGAGUUCAUCUGUCAGGGUGAGAUAAGUGCAAUCACAGCGACUCACAAACUCAAGAGUUAUUGGAUUUGGACCAAAGAGAGAGAAGAGGGUUUUUUCAUUUCAGGCAAAAACUUUUCUGAGUCUGCUGUUUUUCUUUAUUUAUCCGAGAUAGUUGUUGUUUUUAUUUUAACAGCUACAGAAUAUUUGAGAGGACCCUCAAAUUAUCAUAGAUUGAACCGUUUUACCACCACGGAUAAGUCCAUGGUGCUGAGGGUCUUAAACAAGCGACCUUUAACCCUGGAGCAGUUGCUGCAUAUCUAACCUUCAGUCCAAGAUAAGUUCCUCUUAUUCGCAGUGAAACCCAGAAUAGAAAAGACACACAGCUCCAGCUCCAGCACAGCGGGCAGCUUUAGGCACACAGUGAUAAUUAAAAGUGACCAGAGGGAGAAAAUCAUCAUUCCUGUCAGCUGAAAGCUCCUCUCUUUAACAAUACAUGAAAACACGGUUUAAGUGCAGAGAAACAUGACAGGGGGCAUCCUUGAAGUCGCUCUAAUGAGUAUUUCAGGGACGACUUUGCAAACCAAGCAAGAGACGGCUGAGAGGCGGCUGCAUGAUUUUUGUUCACCGCAGGAAUUAAUUGGAGGGAAAUUAAUCUGUAGGUGUAUGAAAGGAGAACUUUGUUGCAUGGAUUUCUGCAAAGUUGUACAGUGUGAGUGGUUUUGAAGUUCUUCCCCAAACCCAUCAGAGCAGAACCUCCGAACCCGUCCCUGUUUAGACCUCGAGGUAGAUCAUGGUGUCAGGACUCGGUUUUGCCAAUUGUGGUCAAAGAGGCCUGUGAGGCAGUUCUGCUCCAGAGACCAGAGUCGGAGCAAAACACUCUAAUUAGAGCGGCUGGAUCUCUCUGGAGGAACCUCAGGGGUUAAGUGCCAUGGGGGAGGACACCUUGGUGGUGCAGGGAGGGGAACAGGUCUUAAUUUCCCCAGACAGUUCAGGAAUCGUGGCCUUCAAGGAUAAUCUGAGAUACUUCCAAUGUCAUGUCUUACCUCUUUAAACACGGCGUUAGUGAAGGCUCUUGGAGCAGGAAAGUAAGAUGCUCUUUCACUGCAAACUUACCUGUUUGUGCAGAAGUGUUGAACCUCUGACGGAGCUUUGAUGAGAUAUGAGUGAGAACUUAAUAAGAAGGACUGCAGAGUCACAGACACUCCCAUCCCCCCAAAAAAUAAGCAGCAAACAGAAACACUGAAAUGGAAACACAGAAGUCAGCAGAAGCCGAGCCAAAUUGUACCAGCCUCCCGCUGUUCGAUCCCGAACAGCCACAACAAAGGACGAGAGCUCUGUCUUUAAAUGGAAACACGGGGAAAAGAGAGGAAAGAGAUUGCUGGAGUGUUGGCGAAAAGAUGUUUAAAAGACAAAAAAAGCUGAUCUGAAUAAAAAGCAAGAAAGAGAUCAACUGUAAUGACACAGAAGUGCAGAUAAAAAAGUUCAGACGUGAGCAAGAAACGAAUCCAAGGGCCCAGAUAAUGAAAACACUUCAAGAUUUGUACGCUGCUGUCGUUCUCAGGCCUCGUAACUCUGUAAAUGUAAACUCGAAAAGGAGCAUCAGCACUGAAUCUGCUGUUUUAUGAUCAAUUCUUUGCAUUGUAUAGAGGACAUUUUAAAGUUUGUUCAGUAUUCACUCAUAGAAGUCUUUGAAAACUCUCCAAAGACCAGAAACCACUCCUUUUAGUCUGUUUCCAUCUGCUGUCAUGAAACCUUAAAGACGGUGUCCCUCAAGCUCAUAUCGAGCUCUGUCCUCUACAAGGACUCCUUAAGAAACUUUUAUUUCUGUCCCUUAAAGCGUGGUGAAUGUCUGUGUCAGCUGAGAGCCUGUUUUCUCGCAGCCUCCGGAGUAGAGGAGCUGAGGAGGCAUCUUAAAGCGUGACAGGACAGUAAAGGAGACCCUUUCUUCCCCUCAACCUUGGAGAUGUCUUUAAGUUUUAAUGACUGACUUCAACAGAAAGGAAGGUCAGUAGUAAGGAACAAAAAGCUUUUUCCCCUCCUUUAUAUUUACUGAAUCAAAGCGGAGAACCCCCGCUCACUCCACUGAAGCAGAUCCUGCUGAUCAGCUCCCUGCAGGGAUGAUGGAAAUGAACGUCUCUCUGGGGCGACUGCUAACCUUUUUAGCCGACGUGGUUAGAUGGUGGAGAUAGAAGAUGUAGAUUCUGAGCGUGGUGAAUCCUGCUACAACCCUUUUGGUUCAGUCGGGAUUGUAGUUCAAAGCUUCGGCCUCCAGAAAGCUUUGAGCUUUUUAAGGGUUCACAGAGAAAGGAAACGGCUUCUCUGCAGAGAGCUGACCUCUGCUGCUGCUGCGGAGCUGAAACUGUAAUUUACCUCAAACAUUCAGAGUCAGAGAGAGCAGGCCACCCGGUAUUUGCAAGAAUAAACCCAACCAGGUUAGGUCGUUUUGAGCUUCCAGCAUAAACCAAAAACAGUUUUGAUGAGAUUAGAGUAUGAUAAGGUAAAAACCUUUUUCUGAGUAUUUUCUAUGAGAAGAAGCUUCUGCUGACCGACUUCCUGGAGGUAAAAGAGAGUAAACACAUGAAGAAACAAUGAAAAACCUCAGGAUACAGGAAAAAGGAAAGAAACAAACUAUUCCUCAAACUCAAUUUUAUUUUUAUGGCACUUUUCAGACAAAAAAAUGUAGUUCAAAGUGCCUCACAGAGGCUGAAAUCAACAAUUAAACAAUAAAACCUGACACCCCCACCCACACACAAAGACACACACCUACCCUUACUCACCUACACAUACACGCACACACAAGCGCACACAGAGUAAGAAUUUAGGAUAUGUUGUUAAAGAGACAUGCCCUGACACCGAGACACUGUGCGAGGAACGAGCGACCUCUGGGAAACACUGGAGGUAAAGGAUAAAAAAUAAAAAUGGUAAAAACAAAGAGUUACACCUGAUGGACUAAAACAAUAAAAUAAAAAGAACAAAUGAUUAAGAGUUUUCUACCAUAUAAAAGAGGAAAAGAAGUACAAACUUAAGAAAACCUUAACCUUGAGUUCAGAAAAAUCUGAUUAAUAAGAUUACAGAAAAGAAACAUGAAGAACUUCCACUAAAAUGAACAUUUGCAGUAAGAGAAAUAUGAAAAGGCGAUCAGAGAAAAGCCUCGCAUGUUUCUGGUAUUUUAUUGUAUUUUUCACUGCUGUCAAACCGCGGCACUGAAGUCAGAUAUUCAGUGACACGAAGCGAGAGCUCUGUCGAAGUGAAGACAGAGAGUUACAGAAAAACAACAUGAAGCGAACAGCACCGAGGAGAACGGGCCGACACAGAGGCUGUCAUAUUUGUGCUGUUGGUGGCGGCCAUCUUUUUAUCUUUUCAUCAUUCUUCUUCUUCCAGGUGUUCAAUUAGUGAUCCAAAACAUGUGUUAUUAUUUCCCAGAUCAGAUAUUUUAUCAGUCACUGUUACUACUCAUCACUUCACCACAACCUCUAAGUUACUCACGUUUACUCUCUUACUUUGCAGAUCCUCCUUUUUAUGCUGUUUUUGAUUUCACCAGUUUCACAUAUAUAUUACCACUGACGUAACCCACUUUGGUUGUUUUUCUAAGUUGUGAGUGAAAGAAGGCAUGAAGCAAAUCAUGAACCAUAAUCUUUACUUUCUGUAAAUAUGAAGAUCUUGCACAAAGAUGAACAUGUCAUAUGAUUCCAUACGAACCCUGGACCCUUUUGACAGCAACAGAACAGCUUCGAUCCACGACAGAGUGACGGUGCACAAAUCUGAAAUCAAAGCUGUUAUUUGUAAUUUAAGAAUCAUAUAUUUCAUUAUUUAAGAAGCUUUUGCCUGCUGUAACGUAAUGCUUUACCUUUUUUGAUCCCGACAGACCUUAGAGCGGAUCAGGGGUCAAAUAAGAGCAUGAAAAGACUGAAACAUCACAUCUGUAGCCUUUAGUUAACUUCGGCUUGAGGAACUUGGCUGACAGACAACGAGAGCUUAGGAACGCGACAGAGGAAGAGAAAGAAAGGAGGGGAAAUAGAGAAUCUGAAGAAAGAAGUGAACAGCUGCAGGAGAAAGACUCCUCUUCUUCUUCUGUUUGCUCAGACGCUCAAAAACGCCGAAGUGAAAUGAAUGAGGACUAAAAAAAAAAACAGCAUUUCCACAACAAGGAUGCUCCAAUACGACUGCAUUCAGUCAAGAGGCAAUAAGACGGAGACAGAGAGGCACUUACAGAUCAUGACUAAGAGGAAACUGGAAACUAUAGAGGGAAAUGUACAAAAUAAAUAUAUACGUUUCAUUAAACGAACAUUUUCACACAACCCUUUAAAUAGUUCUGUAAAGAUGUCCAAAGUUUGACCCGAACCACUGAAACACACACCUGUUUUAUCGUCAUUCCUGCGUACCUGUACUUAAAAUUAAAUCACUUCUGCAAAUUUGCAACUUCUGCUCUCAAACUUUCUCAAGUUAAAGGCUGAAGCAGGAAGAGCACACCAGCUAAGGCAGGCAGGGAGAGCAGCAGCAAAGACCUGGAGGGUGCAGAACAGAGCAGGUGUCAGCGAUGGAGGGUGGAGGCGGCACGCAGAGAGGUUUGUGGAUGAAGCAGGAAGAGGAGGCAGGCUUUCUGAUUGGUCACAUAGACGGUUACUGGCUGAGCUGUCGGCCUAAUCUGGACUGGUGUUAGGAAGAAAAGAUGAGAAGAAACAGAUGGAUGACAGAAAAUACUGGAGACAGUGAACAACUCAGUGGUUUAUCAUUGACAUGUGUCACUGAGGAUCUCUCUGAUACGCUUUUCUUCAGGCUGCAGAUGAUUAUUAAUACCCAACUCUAAAACUAAAGGAGCUGCUGAACCUGAUGUGAUUGUACCGACCUGCUGCUGAAUCAAACAGUCCUGAUCAGCUGAUUAGACUUUAAAAAGUACCACCAUCAAGAUCCAAACUUCCCAGACUUUUGAAAUAACAGCUGCUACAGUCAUUAACUCUCAUAACAACAUAAUUAGAUAGAACAGGAUUUAACUAUAGACUGUAUAUACUAGGGGUGGGAGACAAAAAUCAAUUUACGUAAGUAUGGAGAUUUUUUUUAUUUUUUUAUUUUUUUAAAUUGUUUUAAAAUUAUUUUAAAACAUUAAAAAAUAUAUAUUCUUAAAAAUAUAUCAAAAGUUUAAUUAGAAUUCAAUAAAACUUACUACAGUCUAUGGAUUUACCUUUAUUAAAUGUGCAAUAUGUUAAACCACAUGUGAAGGAUUAGUUUCUACACAUAUUUACUGAAGACUCUUUGCGAAAAUAAAGUCCAUGCUUGUGAACGGUCGGGAUUAAAGCCGGUCACUCCCUCUGGUUUUGAGGUGAAGACAAAAACAAACGUCCCCCAGCAACGUGUAAACGUUUCAAGCUUGCAGGGUGCCGGAUUUCCCAGAAACCGUCAGUAUGUAAAUAAAGUCUGAAUCAAAACGUCAGAAAUAAACAGAGAGAGACGCUCUGGAGAUCAAAAGGAAACAGGGACCAUUUAAAGUGCUCGUGGUCUGGACGCGCUGCCAGUCAACCCUGCGCCGUCUGCUUCUAAUCUGUUUCAGGUGAAUGUGUGAGAGAAUGUGUGUGUGUGUGUGCUUUUGUGCAUACACUAUAGGGUCUUUGUGUACUUCUAAGUCUGCAUGCUGUGCUUCUGUGCAUGUGUGUGUUUGUGUGUAUGGAGGUUGUAUUCAGUCAAAGUGUUUUUUUACUUUUAUAAGAGACACCACAGGAGGUUUUGUCCUCCUCGCUCUUAAAGAAACCAUUUGCAACCUUUCAACAGGACUAUUCAAAUGAAAAGGGUCUGUUGACCUUUUUUUAAUGCCACAACACAUGCAGUCCGCACACACAGUAUACACAACAACUCCAAAUUACUGAUGCCUGGGAAAAGGCCACGCACCACAAACAGGUAAUGAGGUGGGACCGAAGCCAGGGAGGCAGCAAAAUACCAGCAGUGACAGCCGAUGAGGCCGAGUGGAUUAGCUUUAAUACUGCAGCUGCAGAGCUCAGUGUUCAGUCAACCCUCUGAGGAUCAGCAGAGGUUAUGAAAAUGUGUCAAUUCAGCCGAGGAGAGGAAGAAUAACGAGAAAGAGCUGCAAAAACUGAUGCUACUGUACUGACUAUCGCAGCGACUCUUGGUUUCGUCCUCCAACAGCAGGUCUGAAGUCUAGUGUGGACAAGUUUGGUGAAAUGCUGCAAAGAAUUAAACAAGUGCAUCAAAGAUAAAAUCAAGUAUUUUUACAGUGCUUUGUUAAUUUUAUCGCUGCUGCAGAUCGAACAAAUCCUUCAGUCUUUUUAAGCAUUAAUAUCACCAACAAUCAUGAUCCCCACAGCCUCUCUCUUAGUCCGUCUCUUGGCUUUUCAGACUUGCCUCCUCCUGCUCCUCUCCCUGCUCUCCUCCUGUGGUUGCUUUAUAGUUUGUACAACAGUUUGUCUUGAAGAUACAACAGCCUGCUUUUUAUCACUCUAACCCCAAAUUUCCACCGUAUGCAGAACAGCAGCGAAAAGGCCGUCGGCACCAUUCAGCGCUAAUGAUUUUCAUCUAAAUUAAGGCGUCAAAUUCCACCAGUUUCUUUCCGGCCCCCUGCGGUUCAGCAGGAUUCACGAUCACCAGGGUUCUAUUUUUUUCCCGGCCGCCGCAGAUUGCCACAUAAAUUCAGCACAGAUUAGCCUGUACUAGAAACGAAGUCAGGCACAAACACAAAAUAAAACAUCUGUCUUCUUUUCAAAAUAAAACACUAUGUGUAUCAGGCGGAUCAAGUUUAAUUUCAUUUGGUUGAUUUCUAAUCUCCACAAAAGUGUCUGAUCUACUGGUCUGGACAAAGUGGAUUUCACUCUACUGCUUAUUUGGUUAUGUGUCUGUCUUUAUGGAGACAACUGGUUAUUGUGUGAUUUUAUACAAAUUCGCAGGUUCUUGUGAGUCCUUGUGAUUCCCGCUAUCCGAAAUUCGCCACGGAAUUCGCCUCAUAAACCCAUCCGGUAGGAAUUGGUGCCGUUAUGUUGUCAUGUCAUUCAGUCUAGACGAAGGUGACCAGAUGUCCCCAAUUUCUGGGGACAGUCCCUGUUUUGGAUGAAUCGUCUAAAGCUGUCCCCAGAAAUGUCCCCGAUCUAAGCAUUUCAUGAAUAACAACAAAAAUGUUGCGCGUAGACUAGAACAACGGUUAUUAUGAUAGUCAAGUAGGUAGGUAUGUUGCACGUAGUCCUGAAUAACAGUUUUCACGGGGGGUUAUCAUGGGGGCGUGCACCGCUACUCGAUAGUAGUGAGACAUAGUCUGUGAUCGUGCAGCCCAUGCCCUCCCCCCCUCGGGUUGUCCCCAUAUUUCAUUACAAAAAUCUGGUCACCUUAGUCUUGACUGUCAUGAAUGUGGGAAGCCGAUAUAGUUUUCAAAAUUCCACCAACACUAAAAAUCAACAUGUUUAAAGCCUCCUACGGAGAAUAACUCAGAUCUUCAUUCACAUGUCUUUAGUUUUUACCCACGCUGCCUCUUAUCAUGACUUAUCCAGAGAAAACGGUGAAUCACGUGAUCAGUUUGCAGUCAGCCAGUGUGUUUCCCCGAACUUCAACCUGCAGAGAAGUCGAAUUAACUCCUCUGUGGUCAUUUUUUUAUACGUUUCUUUAAAGAAUGAGUAAAAAAAAAAAAGGUAAUCUACAUUUAUGAGCAAGAAUCCCAUCGUGGUCUUAUUUGCAUGGCAGUCACGCGUUGGUUCUUGCUCACUUAUUACACCGAGGUAAUAUGAAGUGCUUUUCUUUACUCAUGGAAACACUGAAGGAGAAAACAUCUACAUGCAAAUUAACCUGCAAGGAACCUUUUAAAGGAAAUUAGAGAAUUAAUCAGUCAGUGAUGUUUACUUUCAUCUCACUGGCAGGAAAGAAGUAUGAGAGUAACAAACACUCAUACAGUCAACGCACACACAGAGGGACACACUAAUUACUCACACACCUUUGCAGCUCUAUGUCCAAUCAUACACAAACAGGAAGUCAUAAACGCACUCAAGCGUGACAUGAAUGUUCGCAGUGGGGCGCGUAUACACUUAAUUUACACUGACGCACAUUCGCACAACACACACACACACACACUCACACAAACAUACAUAGACCCUUUAGGUUAGAGGGUAAUGGAGGUCUGAGUGGCUCGGUCGGUCGACUUCAUCUGUUUUCUAUCACACUGGAGCAGACCUGAGUGCACACACACACACACACACACACACACACACACACACACACACACACACACACACACACACACACACAGAAAGCGUGUGUGUGUGCUGGUGGCAGAGAAUCAUUGACCCAGGUGAAAUUGCAGAUUUUUUACAGUAAGCGACGUGUCUGUCAUUUGAGCUUUUCUAAAAAUGGAUUCAUCUUUUCUCCUCCGCUUUUCUGUCAUUCGUUCUGUUUAUCAUCCCUCCUUUCCUUCCCUUCUUUCCUGCCCUUUCUCUCUCCUUUCCUCUUCCUUUAAUACCUCCUCCUUUCUCCCCUUGCUUUGUCAUUUCCGUCCUCCCCUCUCCUCUCUUCCUCUCCUCUCUUCCUCUCCUCUCUUCCUCCGCUCUCUCUGCGCCCAUUCAUGCAUUUUCUCUAUCGUCGCUGCGAUUCCAUUCAUGCCGUUCAGGCCCCGCCGUUGUCGUCGUCGUAGCGAUAUCACAGCCUGACAGCAUGCUGUGAGUUCCCGCUGUAGCGUGUGAUGCCAUGCUCAUGUGCACACACUCAGUUUGUGGUGUCAGAGUGAAUGUGUGGAUGCCGGGGAAGUGAGUCAGUCAUGAAUGAAGUGAGAGGGAUGCAGAUACAGAAGCUCCUCUUGGUUCGUACUCGGGGUGGCAUUGAGUCUUUAUAUCAGGGGUGAAAAAUUAAAGACAAAACAAUGAAGCUGUCUAAUUUAAUUGUUAAUCAGUUUUAUCAUUGAGCAAGAUUUUUGAUGCUGUGAGCAGAAAUAAUGUUGUUUUCCACCAAGGGAGUACUGCAGAUUUAGGACCUCGUUUCUGGAGCAGCAAUUUAAAGACUCUUGUUGUUUUUAAGUGUCAAACCUAACACACGCCCACAUCAGCUGGCAACUCAGCUGAUUAACUUCUGUACAUCCAACUGUGUAAUGUCAAAAAGGGAUUCCUCCUGAAAGUGAUUUAUGAACCACCUCCUUCCCAGCUCCUCCUCCUCCUUCUGCUGUGUCUGAUUUUACCUGUGGCACAUAUAUUCUCGCUGAUUUGUGUUCUGUACUCCGUUGGUCUUUGCUGCUGCUCUCCCUACCUUGGCUUUUCAUGACUGCACAUGGACCAGAUUAAAGUGUGCUCUCCCUGCCUCUUAACUUCUGAUUCCCGGUCUUGAAACUUCACAAAGGAAGUUGAAGCAGCAGCAGGACUUCCUGACCUUGUCACUGCUGCAUGUUUUCCCCCUGAUUGACAGUGGUGAUGUUUUGCAAAUGCAUCAAAUCAAAGCCUUCACUCACUGUGUAUGGUUCAUCGUUUAUAGUUUAUAAGGUGAUUCUGAACUUGCUCCUCUCUUAUUUAUAUAAUGUAAUUAACAUGAAAAAUGUCAGACGCUGUAGUCUCCUUCACUCUCUGACCCAGACUCUGUCACCAGAGUGAGUCUUAAAAUGGGUAAAGAGAGUUUGAGGUCCUCUACUCGUGCAGAUCUGAAUUUGCUGCAGGAGAAUUUUAACCUGGGGGAGCUGGUGUCUUCAAAUGUUUUUAAAGUAGAUCGAAGGUGCUGGAGAAGGAUGCAUCAGGCUGUGACGCAGGAUGUGUUAACACCUUUUUAGGUGUUGUAUGUGUGUAAAUUUGUUGGAACAUUCGGCUGCUAGUUUGACCAGGACAGACAAUAUUGUGGUCCAGACCGAACUAUAACCCAGACACUCAUGAUGUGUCCUUAAAUCUGUAAAUAAACCAGUGAUACCUCUAGUCUCCAAGUAAAGAGAUGGAUAGAAACCAAAAAUCGACCUUUAACUUUGGGGUAGAGGAUAAUUUUGUCUCCUAACUGGUAAAUCUGACUGUAGUGAAGGUUCAACUGAUAAAGAUAGGAAUGGCAAACCCGUGUGUUUAACCUCAGACUUAAAUAAUAGAUUUAAAUUUGGGGUUUGGAGGGUUUAUUUGAGGAUAUUCAGUUGAGUAUCUCAUCAGCUUUCCUGUUUUAGCCGCCAUCUUUUCCAAAGAAGGACAAAACCUCUCCUUGUAAAUCGAACGCCGUGAGCAUGAGCUGACUGCAGAUGCUUUAAAUGACAGAGGUUAUUUGUAGCCGGCUUCUCCAUCAGUGUUUUUACCGUCUAAUAACUGUCAUGAUGGAGAAGUAAUGAGAGGCUGCAGCUGAACAUCCUGUGUUCUGCUACAACCGAGGCCAACUGACGAUUUAGUGACUAAGAGAGGAGGAUGUGACAGAUGGAUCCAACAGUGUCACACCCGUUUUUUUGUCCUUUUUAUCAUCCCUUUCUUUGUUUUUCAGAUAUGAGGCGAGUUUAAGAGAUGGUGAGCUUUUAAAACCUUGAGUUUGAGAGGACGAAGUGAAGAAAUUUGACAUUUGAUGUGUUAGAAGUAAUAAAAAGAUGUGAGUGAUCAGCAUAAAAAGGGGCAGAUCGAGAGAAUGAAAUGGGAAUGUUUUGGAAAAUGUUGUUGUGUUUAAUUGUUGCAUAUUUUUGCAAAUGCGCUGGCAGUGAACACCCUCAUGUCUCGCCAAAGAGCUCAUUCAAAAUGGAGAGGAGAGGCAAGAACAGAGGGGCUGAAAGCAGCAGAAAUAAACACGCAGUCCAAAUGGGUCCCAUUGUGCAAUCACAGCCCAUUUACAGCCCCAGUUAUUGGCUGAACGCAGAGUGUCGUGAUGUUGGAAUUACAAUAUGUAAAAACGUCUCAAGUGCAGAAAUGUGAAACAGUAAAAAGGGAUGAAACGAUGAGAGCUGUGAGUUUGAUUACGGCUCGUAUUGAUCAUGAUACCUGAUUGGUUUCUCUCUGCAGGUACUACGCCAUCUGCUGCCAGCCUCUGGUCUACAGAAACAAAAUGACGCCGAUGAGAGUGGCUCUGAUGAUCGGCGGCUGCUGGGUUAUUCCCACCUUCAUCUCUUUUCUUCCCAUCAUGCAGGGCUGGAACAGCAUCGGCAUCGACCACCUGGUGAGUCUGCAGUUUGAGUGAACUUUGACCUCACAUUAGAGGUUGAUGCACAUCUGACAUUUAAUAGAAACUGUUGUAAGCAACUUAAACCACAAACACAACAAGCCAAGAGACCAAGAGAGUAGGACUGGACGAUUAUGGCAAAAAUAAUAAUCACCAUUAUUUUGACUGAUAUUGAAAUCAAGAUUAAUAAACACGAUUUAAUAUAAAUUUAACUCAAAAUAACAUCCAGAAAUUAAAUUAUUAAAACAAAUAAAAAAUAAUCACAAUAGUAAAUUUGGAUGAUGAGAGCAAUAAAAAUAAAUAUAAAUAAAAAUACCCAAUCUACAUGCACUCCUGCAAAACUUGCAACAUGCAAAAAAAAAACACUAACAGCCAAAAAAACAAAAUACUCUUUGAAGAUUUUCUUAAAAACCUCUUUUUAAAAACAAAAAUGAUUGGCCGCAAUAUUAGGGUGACCAUGGUUUGAAUCCCCAAAAAGAGAACACUACCAUGCGGGGCGGAGUCACAGAGUGGCACGUAGUUAAUUUUGAGGGGUUUUCGGGUCAGGUCGAGUGUUUUUUACGCGCUUCUUACUCAGUUAGCCCACGCGACACAAACCCAAAACCUCCAUAUUAAACCCCGGACAUUUGAAGGAUUUGAUAAACUCCCACGGACAAAGUCAGACAGACCCCCAAAAAAGAGGAUAUGUCCGGGUAAAAGAGGACGUAUGGUCACCCUAGACAAAGUGAUAUACUUCCUCAGCUGUGUGAUCAUAUACUGAUACAUAUGAGUCUGAGUUAGAGCCUCGUAAAUUAAAAAGAGAAAAACUCAUUGUUAAGAUGUGGUCACUUUUAUUUAACAGUGACAGUGCGCCACGGUCAGUUGCAUGUAGGUGAAACCCUGAAGUUGGUCGUGUUGACUUGGCGAGCAGACAUGACAGCGUGACGAACUUUGCAAACAAUUUCCUUUUGCUCGACGUCCGUCAGAUUAAAGCCAAAAUGUUUCCAGAUAACUAAAGUUUGUUCUUCUCAACCAAAGGCUGCUUUACUGCCAUGUUUUCAAUCCCUCAAUCCUCAUAUUAUUGAUCCACAAACACAACAGGGAUGCAUUCAAGGUGUUUUUCCAGCACAGGAAUUUAUAUACAUGCCGCACCGUGCAGCGCAUUAAUCAUUUUCUUCAAUUAUAAUGUUUUUAUGAUCAUUAGAAGCCAAAAUCAAAAUCAUGAUUAAAAUUCGAUUAAUCGUCCAUCUCUACAAGAGAGCUAAUUUUAGGGCACAAAUAAAGAUGUUGUAAAUAUUUGAUAAUAGCAGAAAGAGAGAGAGAGACUCUGGAGCUUCUAUCGUCUCUGUCUGAAUGCCAGCAAACUUGGAGGACUAACGGUCUCAUUUUUGGCAAACACUCACACGCCACCCUUUUUUUUUGUCUCCCUGUAUCUCCACCACAUGAACAAGAGUUUACAGAACAACAGCAUCAAGUUUUCACCGAUGUGGCAGCGUCUCUCUUCGGGUCCAAUUAGAGCUGUUGCAUAGUCAGAGCAGCGAGGCAGUUUUCCAGAAACCGAAGCUCCAAAAACUGAACAAAACAACCUGAACUCAGACACCACAGAGACACACAAACAAGCAACAGUCUGGUUUUAAUGGUUCCUUCUGAUUUGGUGUUUCUGUGGAACAAGCUGCGCUGAUUGUUCACAGAUCCGAGUCUUUAGUUUCACAGUUAAUCACAUUUUUGCAAAGUUAUCAAAUAAACUUUCUCAAUCGAUGUAGAAACUUGUUCAUUUAAAAAGUGCAGCGUAUUGAUUUCGGAGGAAAAACUAAUUUUCAACUUGAUUAGAAUAAAAAACGAUCAUCAUGUUCAAAAUAAGUCUCCAGUUACAGGUCGAAUACAUUGAUUUUUCAAAGUAUUUUCCAGGGUUGCAUAAAUUUUGAGUUAAAAAAAGAUCAUUAAGUAACACCAUUAGCAGCUGGGUGAAAUGGCCUCAUUUCUAAUGCACGUUUAACGAGCGUACGAUGACGAAAAUAAGGUAUAAAGAUGGAAAAGCUCAUCACAUGCAGCAUGCACAAGCCGAGGAGCUUCAAAGACAUUUAAAACAGCAUCUAUACCAUAUCAGAGCAGCUUUUAGUGCCCUUUGGCAAGACUCAGUGUUGAAUAAUUCCAUAUAGAAAUGUCACAGUAAAGAAACAGGAGAGUAUAAUCACUGAGAAAAAUCAGCCCCUGCAUGCAGAACAGAUGAAAAUCUAACUUUCAGACUUAUUUUGCACCUUUUUAUUUUUAUCUUUGUUUGUAUUCGUGCAGCAGGACAGGUGACCCGACGAGUCACAUAAAAACAACACAAACUCAUUCAUAAAAACCACUCCAGCUGCCACACGAGCGAGUGCGUGCUACAGGACUGAUCUCUGUUAUUCAUGUGCCGCCCUGAGCCGUAGAUUUCCUCAGAGAUGAGACGAUAGGGCCGGGACUUCUCUGUGAUUAAUGACGAGGUGCAGAGCCUCCUGCGUUCCUCUUCCCUUCGCCACGGAGACUCAGACCGAGCCAAGCGUGGGAGUUUUCGUGGGUUGUUGUGAAGUCCGGAGGCGUUUCAGUGGCUGAGCAUGUGGUUACUCUGGGAUUCAUUUUUUCUACAAACUGUAUUUUCAAAAAUCCCACCUUUUGUGCCAGCGUGUGCGUGUGAGUCGAGCUAAUCUCUUCACAGUUGUUGUAUUUUAAUUUACAUUUAUCAAAGCAUGAAAUAACACAUUUGAUUCAUCCACUUCUGUCAGCAACCAGAUAAGAAAAGCUGGUACCUUGGUGCGGUAUCAGACCUGUGUAAAGAAACCUGCAUGACUGACCCGGUCCUACAAGUUCAACAAGAGCUCAAAGAAUCUCAUUCACAAAAUUUAACCAUGAGCAGAAACAAGUCACGAUAUGAGGUUUGCACCACAAAGGAGUAGAAAUAUCUCAGGAUUUUUCCUGAAGGAUUAAAAACACUGAUGCAAAGACUCACCAGGCAACCCUGAUUCAAAGGGAAACACUGACGGCCUCAUAAUGUCUGUUUUUCUGUCCAGAACGAACAGCAACAGUAAAAAUAAUUAAAGAAAAAUGAAAAAAAAAAUCACUUCACUCCAUUUUUUAAAGAAAAAUAAACAAGAUACAAUCAAACUAAGACCAGGUCGACUAAAUCCAGAUUACUUGAGUUCUAAAUGGGAAUGUGUAAUACAAACUUUGUCCAAAGGGGGCGCCAAAGUCCACACAGACUAAUUGAGAUUAUCCUGAGAUGCUGUAAAAGUCCUAGUUUCAAUGAUUUGAGGGUUGAAUAUUAAAAAUGUUUUAAGUUUUAUGCAUUUUUGCAAAACUGUCGUUCUGUUUGCUGUGACUCCUUCGUUCAGAUCGAGCAGCGGCGCCACAGCGAGGGCAGCAACUCCACCUCCUGCGUCUUCAUGGUCAACAAGCCAUACGCCCUCACCUGCUCUGUGGUGGCCUUCUACAUCCCCCUCGUCCUCAUGGUGCUGGCCUACCAGAGGAUCUAUGUCACCGCCCGCGCUCACGCCCUGCAGAUCAGCAUGCUGCAGCGAGCGGGCGGAGCAGGUUCUACCUCGGACUCUGCCGACCACCAACGCAACCACCGCAUGAAGACAGAGACUAAAGCGGCAAAGACUCUGUGCAUCAUCAUGGGCUGUUUCUGCCUCUGCUGGGCGCCGUUCUUCGUCACAAACGUGGUGGACCCCUUUAUAGACUACACAGUGCCGGACCAGCUGUGGGCCGCCUGCCUCUGGCUGGGCUACAUCAACUCCAUGCUGAACCCCAUCCUCUACGCCUUCCUCAACAAGUCCUUCCGCCGUGCCUUCCUCAUCAUCCUGUGCUGUGGGAGGAAGAGGUACCGCAGGCAGUCCAUCCUGGGGUCUGGUGCUGCCUGCACAGCCACGCAGAUCAACGGAUCCACACAUGUACUCAAGUAAGUCCCUCAACUUCCUUUGGUUCUCCUUCUAACGGGCAUUGGGAGCCGUUUAUCUCCUACUCACCUGCUCACCACAAUUACAGCAGAUGUCUCCAGAAAAAUGUUACAAGGUCAAAUAAGUAGUUAUCCUGAUAAGGAAGGAUUUGUUUUCGGGUUCAUCUCUGAAUACCCUGCAGACCUCGCGCCUCGUUACUGUUUCUGAUCACAGAACACAUGUUUGGCAGAGAUAAGAGUAUGACGUUAACAUGUUCUCCCCAGUAACAUAUUUUAUCUCCAUUUUCCCCUGCGCUCUGUCUCUGUAUCUGCUGGGAUGAUCUUAUCUGUACGAAAAAUGAUGAAUGUCGAGCAGCAGCUGAUUGUUUAAUGAGUCCUGGUGUAUGCCGGGAAGGUUGAACAAUCGCAAGUUUAUCUGACAUCAUGUGUUUGUGACGUUUGUGACGAAUGGUGCACCACUUCACCCUGACCCCACUAUGCAUCUGAACCACAGAGCCGCCACAUGGCUGUAUGUCUCUUUCCUCUAAACUGUAGAGAAAUAUACAUCGACCUGCUGCAUCCUGGUUGGUGGACAUGCUCAGAUAAUAACCCGUUAGGUUUGCAAAUCCAAGAAAACGGAUCAAGAAGUUGUGUCAGGUUUACUGAAGUUGAGUUGUGGUUGUAGAUUGAACCAGGAAUGAAGUUGCGUGCACCAACAGUUGUAGGUCUUUGGAAGAUUUGCGCAAAAGGUCCUCUUACCUGAUGGCGUUCGAUGAGGGGUAGUACCUUUCCUGAUGCAAAUAGAUCUGCUGCGUUAGUCCGACUGAAACUUGACUUUUUAUCCGAACCUGUUAGUCUGACUUAAACCCCACUAUAUUCAAUUCCUCUUGGCUGGACUAACAAACCUGGAUAAAGCAGUUGAGGAUGCAAGCACCUCAGUCGUGCUCAAACUGUCCCAACCAUGCCAUGAAAGCUCCAGAGUUUGCACAUUGGGCUUCCAUAAAGAGACAAACCUGAUGGACUGUAAGUCCUGAGCUGUAAAGUUGUAGUGACUUACGACCAAGUGGCAACUCCCUGUGACUUGAGAAAUUAAGCAAAAGUGCUAAAAACUGCAGUUCCUUAAGUGUCCACUUAAGGCCACCUGCAGAAGCAUCUAAAACCACAAACACACCAAGCCAAGAAAAACUAUUUUAGAGCAAAAAUAAAGAUGUUUACAGCCCAGUUUAAAAACGGUUAAAAUAGCUCAGAGCUCACAGAUCAUCCACGACUCAGGGAGUUAAACUCUCUGUUGCAUGUUUCUUUAAAAAAUAAGGUUACGAGACCAGCGAAUCAGAGGCAUGGCUGAUUUAGGGACCACACUGUAGAUAUUUGGAAGGAAGCUGAAGGCCCGCCACAGGUAGGUCCAGCAAAGUUAGUUUGAGUCACGGAGUUGCACGAAGUAAAUUUUGAGAGUUUUUCGGGUUGGGUCAAGUGUUUUUUACGCGUUUCUGACUCAGUUAGUCCACGCAACACAAACUCAAAACUUCCAUACAAAACCCCGGACAUUUGAAGGAUUUUAUAAACUUCCCCGGACAGCCCCCCCAAAAAAGAGGACAUGUCCAGGUAAAAGAAGACGUAUGGUCACCCUAGUCAAUAAUGGCCACUUUUUGGCUUCCACUGCAAAAACAAUAGAAGUAGACAUUUUUGGGUUAUGAAAAUCUGCUUCGUCUGGUUGUUUGAGAUCCUCUUGGACCUGCAUCUGAUAAAAUUCCUCUUCUUGCGUCUGUGUUUUUAGAAAUAACACAAAAAAAGAAUAAUAAAGCUGUUAAAUGGUGCAGGCUGUAGAUCUCUAGCUGUGAGAACAGCACCGGUACCUCAACACAUUUUUUUGGCAGGAUACAGAUAUUUUAAAAACAUUUUAAUCACCAGGGUUUCUCCUUCCUGUUAGUCGAAGUCUGAGUGUAAACAUUUUUUGGAAAGUUAUUCAACAAACUGAAUCAUGAAACAAAAUUUCUGGGUCCUUCAAGAGUUGAUUCAGUCAUUUCAGGAUCCGCAAACACCUCGAGUAAGAGUGUAAGACGACUUUUUCAACAGCAACAGCUUCUACUUUACUUUGUACAGAACUCACAUUCAUUACAGCUGUCUUUUCAACCUGAGUAACCUUUUCACGCUCUGGUGGCACUUUUUUUUCUUUUUUUUUUUUAAAGGUCCUUUUCCAUCCAGUGCACCUGAUAAAGGUCAGAGUCGACUUAACACCUCUCUUCUCUAGUUUCUAAUAAGUUUCUCCAAAAAGGUACAAACCUUCAAGACAGGAAACGCCUGCAAAUAAACACAAUAUAACAUCACAAGCAGGAUGUAAAGGAAUUGAGUUUUUAAUCAUUUCAUUUAUUUUUUUCUCUUUCAUGAAGCCUUUAAGAGUCCAGAAAUAACUGAUAGAGCCAUAAAGGUCAAACUUGUUGGGUUAUUUGGCCUUUAAAGGUACUGCUCUUAUAUUUAUCUGUUUUUUAGCUUCUCCCCAGAGAGGAAGGGGAUCGAUCGAGCAGGAAUUUUCUCAGACAGAAAGGCAAUACAAGGACACGUGGUGUGGAAGGCUUAGAGGAAGACUCAAUAAGAAGUAGUGUGAAGUACAAGAAACAUGUUUUUCAGACUGACAUUAAAGAUCAUUAAAGCUGAAGUUAAAACUCAUUGUUUUCCUCUCUAAUUCACAUCAGGACACAAUUUCUUUCCCACGGAAUAUUCAAAAUUUAGCGACUAAUGUGAGCCUGCCAAUGUAAAAGUCUUCUCUAUGCUUGUUUUAGUAUAAUAAAGUCAAUGCACCUGAAUGAAAUAUUAAUUAUUUAAUUAUGAAUAUAGAAAUAGAGACACCUGACAACCUGCUGGUAUUGAUCAACAGUUCAGUUUAAGUCCCACUCAAAUCAUUUUUUUGGCGGAGACAGCACUGCUUUGGACACAUAUUUAACUUUCUUACAAGCAUUGCAAUCCACUAACGCACACGCUUGUUCCGCGAUCACCCUCUCUACUUUUUCGAGUGUGACCUGCAUAUUGGGGCUCCGGGGGCGGAGCUUGGAUUUGUGAUGUAGGAAAUCUCUCUGUAUCUGAACCUGCUGUAUGGGUCUACCAGAGAUUCACAGCGAUUUGAAUGAAGAAAUACUCAGAAAUACAAUUUCGCGCUUACUUUUCUCAUGAUAUGUCCUGUAGCAUCAGAAAAAUGAACAUGUAGACAACAAGAAAAACAUGAUUUUCAUCUGAGCGGGUCUUUAACGAUAAAAUCCCAUCCCAUCUUCAACCACAUGAGUGAAACACUUUACAGCAUUUAUUAAGUUACAGUAGAGAAGAAGAACUUCCUUUAACAGGCAGAAACCUUGAGCAGAACCAAACUGGGGAGAGACUGGUAUGUGUAGAUGAAGCAAGUCAGGCAGAUCCACAGCAGCAGGACGUCUGCAGCAGUGAUCCAGAUGAAGCUCCAGCAUGAUGGAGCUCAGAGACACCCAGAACAGACUGUGUUUUAGUGACUCUAAUGGGACAUGAUGAUUCAAAGUCAAUGCCAUGGACAAAAGUUUGUGUCUAGAGUUUGGCUGAAUUUGGCUGAAGACACCAUGUGUUAGUAUGUAAAUAAACCGCUGAGUGAAGCUUUAAGAAACUCAGGAAAACCAUUUUGAGAUGUGAAACAUAUUUGCUGAUGUACUGUAGAAGUUACACUUCUAAAGCUCUCACUCAGGUACAGUCUUGGACAAUCAUGACCUCUCAAACAGUCUCCUUCUUGGUGCAGAUUGGGUCAAAUUAUGAUGGAACAGUUAAUCAGCAUUCAUCCUGCAGAAAUGCUGUAUGAAUAAAGCUCUUUUCAGGGUAGAAUACCCCCCUGAAUACUAAUUGCAAUCAAUUCCGACCGCCGGCACCGUUCAGACCUAUUUUUUCAUGAUCAGCUUAAGUGCAUGUAAUGAUUUUCAGAGAGAUUUCAUGCAUAAUAAAAGUCAUAAGAGGUCGGCUGUUUUACCCAGCGUCUGUCCAUGUGCUGCAGGAGCUGGACUGUAUUGACAGCUGCAGAUCACACACCGGUCAGAGGUCUGUAUCUGCAGCAGCUUUAGAGUCGAACCUCUGACUUACUUUUCCUUCUGUAACACACAGAAAAAGUCUUUAAACAUCAACCGAAGAAGGCCUCACUUAUAAUGUUUCUAAACACGCUUUUCCUACCUCAACAAUGACACUCCCAUGAGGCUUCGCUCAAGUUUAUUUGUCCGUAAUCCAUCUGACCGUUCUCUUCCAUGUCUCUAUGGUGAGUUUCCUCCCACUCUCUCGUUACACCCCCUGGUGUGCUAUCAAUAGGCGCUCCACAGUCACAGAGACACCUCUGGACCUCAGAGGUUUGUGGCUGUACGCUUGAAGACAUCCAUUAGUCUCCUUUGGUCUCUCUGGAAUAACAGAGACUGAUAAUGUUGGCUGUUUAAAGGCUGUGAAAGAUAAUCUUCGCAUUAUCUCAUAACCCUUUAGCUUCUCUGUCUUUACAGCCCGUCAUAAACACAGAUGAUAGACCUGAACGUCUGCUAGAGCGGCGCACAGGUUCACUUUUGUCCAUUUUUCUGCUUCCAUAUGAAAAUAUUUUCAAAGCCAAGCUGUAAAGAGAUAAACAAAGAAGAGUGCACAUAGGAGGACAUGAUGGCAGCCAAUCAGAGUGAUGCAUUACUCCGUCUGAAUGUGUCACAUGAUUAAUGUCUCCUCUCUGCUCCUCUUCGGCCUCAUGUCACAGCCAGAGUAGGAACAUGUCUCUUCAUUCACAGAGAGAUCUUCAGUGACCGCUGGGAGCAGAUAUUAGUCAGUGGGCGACUGAUGGGAUUGUACAUCAAUACCAAAAGUCUCAUUACCAUCAGGACAGCUUAUAAUUUUCCAUCCCAGACUCUGGGAUCGCUGCUCAUCUCUGCGUGAAGAUACAAUCAGCUCACGUAGGAGGAGAUGUAUUCAGCUUUCAGUGUGUUGUUGCGUCUGCUGCUGGUUGUAGAUAAAGAUUCAUGAGGGUUGGAGAGAGAGUCUGAGGAGUAACGUGCAGGAUUUUCAUAAAAUACCAUGAAAUACUCUUAGCAAACAACAAUACAGAGGAGCUGAACAUCUCCAGGAAUCAUUCAGUUUAGUCCCACUUCAAAACUUUUUUUUCUUUACUACUUAAAGGGAUAUUCCGGCAAAAAUUAAGUUAUGGCCAAACACACUGCAACAUCGAGUUAGACACCCCCUCCAGAGAUGAAUGUUGCUGACCGCUUGCUUCUUUAGUUAUACCAACUUUAGCAACGACCGCAGGAUAGAAAUACACAGCGGUCUGAGGAGCCAUAAACAAACCUCAACCAAAUCACCACUCUAUAGCCACAAAUAAUGCUCAGGACAGCACCUAACUUCAUCAACAGGACAUAUUGGGUCACAGACAUAGUACUAGACACCAAACAUCUUUUUAACCCUGCCUGAUUUCUGUAGCAAAGAGACUAAACACAACUCACCUACUCUCUUCCAGCAGCCGCUUGUUUGUAGGGAGACCUCUGACGAGUCGAUCACCAUGUGCAGCGGGGUGAUGUAGCUGAAGGAAGAACAUUUUUGAUAAUUUCUUUAUCAUUUCCUUGAAGUAAUAAUCAUCAUAUCAUUGCUGGUGUAGUAGCAGAAGCAGGUAACACAGGAGCUAUUCAGCUCUCGGACACUAAUGUCUUUAGGGAUAUGAUGAAAGUUAAUAUGAUAAUAAGCUUUCUCACAAACAUUGCAAUCUGCUAAAGCACACGCCUGUUCUGCAAUCGUCCUCUCUACCUCUCCGAGUCCGGCCUGCAUAGCAGGGCUCUGGGGGCGGAGCUUGGAUUUGUGUUUGAGUCUACUAGAGAUUCACAGCGAUUGGAACUCAGAAAUACUCAGAAACAAAAUUCUGCACUUAUUUUUCUCAUGAUAUGUCCUGUAGCAUCAGAAAAAUGUCAUAUGAACAUGUAGACAACAAGAAAAACAGGAUUUUCAUCAGAGUUGGUCUUUAAUGAAUUCACCUGUUCUGUUCUGCUCACAGUCAAAUAAAUCUUAAUUUCUAGGUUGUUGUAUUUUUUCCUCAGAUAAAGUCGAGUCUCUGCAGAGGUUACAUGUCAAUCAAACAGAGUGGGUGGGACUAAGGUUUUUCAUAUUUACAGUAUAAGGAUUGCAGCUUCGUCCUCAAAAAGUCUUAAAUUCUGGCUAAUAUGUUGUUAAGGUUUUGUGAUUGUUGUGGUUUUAAAAUCGUCCUUCAGGUAAGAUAAGUGUUAAACCUCUCUCCUCUGAAUAAAUCAGCAUUCAUACUCUCAAUUCCAGCUUGUUUGGGUGAGUGGUUAAUUAUGAAUCCCAGACUGAACUCUGAGGAGGCUCAUUAAGAUCAGACAGACGCUGCAGCCUCAGAUUAACAUGGAGAAAUUGGAGCGUUGGUUGCAGACACUGAGCCGGCAGAUUAAUAUUUCUCUGGUGUGAAGGAUGCAUAAACUCUGACGCUGGAUCUCAGAGAAACAAACAUUUUUUCCCUCAGGAGGUCGUAAUCUGUCUUUAACCCGUCUGACCUGUAUUCAUUCAAGAGGGGUCGGUGCAGGAUAGACGGUGGUUUAGGUCACACAUGCUCCACGGUUUUUAUGUUUGUGUUUGCAGUUUUUAUGAAAUGGUCUUGUUUGUUUCAGAAUCAAGUUUCUUCCAUAAGUAUUUCAGAUUUCAAAAGUUUGUUGAAGGUAAAUCAAUAGAAAAUGUUAGCCAGUUGACCUGCAGACUUCCUGAAUUUAUGAAGAAGAACUUUCUCGAGUUAGAUCACUUGAUCUUCUUCCAGCAGCUGAGAUCCAAGCGAAGGUCGAAUUCCCUGUGAAGUGCCUUAAUGCAGCUUCACUGUGUCUGCAGACAGAUCCACAUUACAGAUGAACUGAGAGCUUUUCUUUAACAGGUGUCAAGAUGGACACAAAAAUAAAGCUCCUCACAGUGACCUGUCGCUAAUUUCAUUUUAACACAUAUAAAUGAUGUUUUCUGCUGAUUUAUAAUAUUCUAACAUCACUUGUUGGCCUCCUUUUAUACAUGCAAAAGAAAUCUGGCAAAUUUCCUGACUUUAUUUGUGUUUGUUUUAGUGAAGGGGCACCAACAGCCAGUUUUUCUCUUAGACUUUAUCCCGCUAACCACCUUGUAAAUUUCCACAAGACUUAUGAGUGAGCUGAAACCAAAAACCUUAAACCUCAUCCAGAGUAUAAAUCAUAUUUAUAGUCAAAAGUAUCUAGUGUCUCUUGAUAUCUGUCACGUUCAGGAAAUGAGUCCAGAUAAACAUCUUAUUUCAAAAAUAAGACGUGAAUUUUAGCAAAGAUUUCCACCAAUACAAGAAGUAAAACUUGUAAAAAUGCAACAAGACAAUUCAAAUGACGGGAAAACUUCAGAUUUGUUCUCUGAUUAAAAUCAAUCUUGGUCAUAUUUGCGUUUGAAUAUCUGAUGCUGAUAUUGAAAUUUAAACUUGUCUGAUGAAUGUUUGAUAAAUUAAAUCUAAUGAGGUAUUUUUCACUAGAAAUGAGAAACGCUUAAAUUUGAGAUCUUGAAGUUGCAGUUAAAAGUCUUAAGAGUUCAUCAUACAAGGUGUGUACGUGUUGUAAAGUGAUUUUCAGUCACUAUAGCAGAAGACCCUUCCUCCUCCUCCUCCUCCUUUUGAGGUGCAUGCUGUUCACUAUUGAUCUGUGAUGGUGAUUACACGAGAGAAAAUCUACAAAGUCCUGCAGAUGUCAGGUCCUAGAUGAGAUGAAAUUAUCCAGAGAAUGUGCUGAAGUUCACUGACCCGGCAGCACAUUUACAUAACUGUUAGUAUUACUGAUGUAGAGAUCCAUACGGAGACAUCACUAUUAAUUUGAUCAUGUAUCCUCACCAAAAUACUCCUCACAGGAGCUUUAAAUGUGAAAAAAGAGUCAUAAUAUUUGAAGGAGACCAAAAUCUCAGACUGACCUACUUUUAAAACUCGUCCUUCUGUGUGGAGUUUUUCACAAACACCAGAUAAAAAUACAGAAAGUGACGUCACUCAGCGGAGAGCAGCUCAGUUGGAGGUGCCUCUCUCUCAGGGACGGACGGUUGUGGAGGCACCAAAGGGGCGUUUUAAUUAUAACCACAGAUCCGCUCCCUAACAGGCGACCCUGCACCCCGCUGGAGAGCUUUAUGGGCCUGACCCUCCUUCAUGCAACCUUUAUUCUCCGCUCCAUUACAGCGAGGACGCUCAGCGUGAAUGUGGAAGUGGAGGUCUCAGGACUGAUGAAAGAACCAAAGCUUUUAAAAUGUCAGGAGUGCGUCAGCUCGGCCGCAGACUCGUCUCCUUUGACGGCGCGGGAAAAACCUCUGCAGUGAGAUGGAUGCACCGAGUUUUAAAUUCAGGUUAUUUCUGAGUUUCUUGUUGGAGUCAAACAGGUUUGAUCUCUAACACAGGGGGGUCAGGGUGAUCUCAGAGAUGUGUGGGCAACCAGGUAGCUAUCUAAUGAAUGCUGGUGCAUUCUGGGAAAUCACGCAGACUAGACGUUCAAACAGAUUUAACACGUAUUUGUUUGUUCCUGCUCGACCCUCUGCGACCUCUGCUUCAUAUCUGAUCACCUAUUGUAGAAGAGUUGAAAAGAUCACGGCUCAUUUGUGUUCGGGGUAUUUUCUGUAAAAUCCAGUGAUAAGGCCUUUUGUUGUCUGAAAGCUGUGAUUAUAAUCGAAACCGCAGCAAAUAUUAGAGCAAAAUGGGAUUCCUGGAAUCUAGAAAAGGUGCACGUGCAUUUUAAAAAAGAUUUCUGUGUAAAAAGAGAUAAUAGAGCUUUCAGAUAAUAGCUGAUUUAAUUAAAAAUACGGUAUAAUUAUUAGAACAAUCCACAAAUCAGUCAUGGACACAUCUGCAAAGAGGGUAAGCUGCAGAAAAACGCUGCUGUAGAGAGCUGUAUCAAAGCGUGUUCAUGCAAAGUCGACUGAAGGACAGGAGUUACAGAGAUGAGUGCAGCUUUGAGAAGAUUGUCAAGAAAGUUCAAGAACUUUGGAGAGCUGGACUGAGGCUGGAGUCGGAUUAUCAAGAGCCAUACAGGUGUCAGAUUCCUGAUGUAAAGACCCUCCUGAACCAGAAACUGUGUCAUCAGAGUCUCACCGGGACUAAGAAGAAAAAGCACCGAACCAUCGCUCAGUGGUCCAAAGUCCCACUGUGUGGUCUACUGUGUUCUAUCAAGUCCAGCCUCAUGUCAACCAGAGACCUUCAUGACUCUAUCGGCUGAGAAGAUUUACAGAGAUACAGAUUUCCUUUACAGCGCCAAAACCAAACCACUACUAGCUCCUGACUAGGUUCUCCUGACCUGAACCCACCCAAAACCUGCGUGCCACAGCACACUCAUGUUGCGGAAACCUCAGCUGAGUCUCUAAAUAAACAUCCCGCUCAGACGUUGGACUUUUUAAAUCACUUUUAAACUGAUCUUAGAAAGUUUUCUUAUAAUUUGUGAUGCCAGAUAUCUUAUUUUCAUCAGCUAUGAUCCAAAACCAUCAAAAUGCAAACCAACAAAUCUGACAUUUCUAUUUGUGUGCAAUAAAUAUGAGAAUAUAUGAAUGACAGUGUACUCCAAAUAAAAACACGUUUGUGAUAGAUAUGAUAGAUGCAUUUAUGUGAAAAUAGAUAAGAGAAAAAUAAAUACACUAAAUAGCAUGACAGAAGUGGAGGUGUCAUGAAUAGUUAUCGACUGCUGCGCUCUCACGCUUGUGUUCAUUUACCGAGCUUUCUUUGCUUUAACCUCUCCAACACGUUACAUAAGCGGAGGUCAGAUUCACUUCUUUAAAAAACUCUUCAUAAGCCUUGACCUAAACGCUCGGUCAGUCGGCCCUCUGCUCGAUUGAUGAGAGUCGACCUUAUCGAUAUUCUGUCACUCUUGGAGGAAUGUCAAAGCGUGGAAGGGGACACACGGACAAAAUCGAUUCAAAUAUUUAGUGAUAACUUUGAUAUUUCCUCCAGUAUGAUUAAAACAAAAGAUCCCUGAAAGUCUCCUCAGUAUACGGUUUGAUUGACGGCUGAUUUCUCGGAGGUAGAAUCUGAAUUUUAUUGUCGUAGAUCUGCCAAACAAAGACGUAGAGCUGGCUGUACUCGGUGUGUCGUUAAUCAGCCUGUUUCAGACGCUGAGUGUGAAGAGCAGCUGUUUAUCCAAUACACAGGUCGAGUUUGACGGAUCAGCCCGUUAACACCAGCCAACAAAAGCACACACACAGUCCUGCAGUCCUCCAGGGUGUAUUAACACACUCUACUACACACACUGACACACUGAGUGUAAGCCUGCAGAGUGUUUAUGGUCUCACUGGAGUCGUAUAUCUGAAGGAUGUCCAUGAAGAGAGAACAAACUGUAUUCAAGGUGUAAUUUUCUUUUUUACUGCUGCUGGAGAGGAAAGGAGGAGAGGAGAGAAAGAAGAGAGAAAACAAACCAAAAGAUGAGGAAAAAAGGAAAAAUUUAAAAGUACAAGAAGACGGAGGAAUGGAAAGAGAAAAAAGAGGAAAUGGAGGGAAAGAGAAGGAGAGAUAAAUGAGAGGAAACAAUAAAAGGAGAUGAGGAGGAAGAAAAGAUAAACUGAAAGGAAGUAAAGAAGAAAGAGGAAUAAAGAAAGGAAGAAGAAGAAAAAACAAGGACUCAAGAAAGGAUAAAAGAAAGAGAGGAAAGAAUCAAGGAGGAAAGACAAGUGAGGAAGGAAGUAUUUAAGGAAGGCAAGAAGUAAGGAGGGAGGAAGGAAAGGAAUAAUACAAGGAAGAGAGGAAAGGAGAAAGGGAGGAAGGGAUGGUGCUCAAGAGGGAGGGUAGGAUGCUUAGAGAAAGAAGGUAGGAAGGAUGCUCAAGAGAUGAUAGGGAGGAAGGGAGGAUGCUUAGAGAAGAAAGGAAGGAGGGAAGAAAGGAAGGUAAGAUGCUCAAAAGAAGGAAGGGAUUAAGGAGGGUAGCUUGCCUAAGAGAAGGAAGGAAGGAAGAAGAGAUGGAAAAAAAGGAAGGAAGGAAGUAUGCUCAAGAGAAGGAAGAAAGGGAGGGAAGGGAUGGAGGAUGCUUGAAAGAAGGAAGGGACAAAGGAGGUGAGGAUGCCUAAAAGAAAGGUGGAAGGAAGAGAAGAAAAGGAAGGAAAGAAAGGAGGGAGGAUGCUCAAGAGAAGGAAGAAAGUGAGGGAAGGAAUGGAGGAUGCUUGAAAGAAGGAAGAGAGAAGAGAAAGAAAUAGAGAUUGCAAGGAAGGACAGAAUCAAAGAAAGGAAAGAGGACAAAUAAAGAAGAGAGAAAAGAAGGAACCAAGGAAGGACAGAAAGAAGGAGUCAAGAGAGAAAAGGAGAAAAACAAAAGACAAAAAGGAAAGAGACCAAGUGAAGAAAUUGUGUUUUUUUUUUAGUGUCUAAUGCCAGAACUCCUCCACUUUUCUAUUAUUUCUGGAUCUUUCUUCACUCCUUUAACUGACAGUCGACAUGAUUUAUGUCAGCGAGCUUUAAAGCCUCGACUUAAUGGGCUCUUUCCAUCAUGUGUGACGUUCUGCUGCUGCUGCUGCUCCGUAUGAACGCUCUGACCGCCUGCAGAGAGCAGAGAAAACACCGAGGAGUCAUGGAGAUGGUUUUUGUUUGAGCCGCUCUGCAGCCAAAGACUCACCGAUCAGUCGAGUCAUUUCAUCUGAAGUGGGCUGAACAUUAAGAAAACUUUAAAACCGUGUUAAAGGAGGAGAGGAAAUUUAACUUUUAAUUUAUGCUUGUGUGAGGAAAUUCACAUCAAACUGAUACCGCACCUUAGUGAGAGAAGAAACACCUCUGGGUCAAACUUAAGAGACCGAAGGAUAAACUGUAGAGCUUUAAGGAGGCAGCACUUCUUUUUCAUUUCAGCAAAAUAUUCAUGCAGAUAAACCGACAAGGAAAAAUGUUCUGCAACAGCCUGAACCAUCUUCAUCAGAAGACUGCAAGGCUGCAAAAUGCAAAUAUGAUGCAGCUCCAAAAGCACCAGACAUGCACAUGAGAAGUGUGCUGCAAAAAACCAAAACAAUUCCAGCUCCUAUGCUCUUAUGUUUUUGUGUUUUUAUAUUUCCAGAAAAGCUUUAAUGACGUUCCUCUGAAGUGACCAAAGAUGUUUUAACACGAGGCAGAAAUGGGUUUAAAACCAGCGGCUGAUGAUCUCCUAAUAAUCCAAGUUUGGGUUUCUCAGACGGUCGGAGGUGAUAGAGUAAAAAAGUCAUCACACUCAGCAGGACUGAGGUCUUACUGGCGGCACAAACAGCAGCCUCACUUCAUUAUUCUCUGAAGUCUCUCCCGCUGAGAAUAUUACCUUUGGCUGAAAAUAUACGUCUGCUGCUCAGACUCCCGCUGGUGUGUUUGUUCUGGAGGAGAGAGGGAACAGAGCAUCAGAUGUAAACACAAACAUGCAUGAUCCAACAAUACAGAUAUUAAUGAGGCAUGACUGUCGUCAGCUGAUGAACAAAAAUACAUGUAAAGAGGGAAGAUUGAUAGCAGAGCUGUUUAACAUAGUUUGUAAAAUUCAUGUUCAUGUGUUGCAUGGACCAAAGAGGAACACGAGGAUGUAAUAAUAUGAGGUAUAGACGGGUUAAUCUGCAUAUUUAUGAGCUGUUUUUGCAGUCCAUUACAGCAAACACAUUCACUGUGUUGAUAUAGUUUGUGUUCAUGCAUCCAGCUGUAAGGAACCAUUAUGUCGCAGUGAGGCUGAUGGAAAUAUUGUCUGUCCGGUUAAUGAAACAGCUGCAGAGACAGAAGUGUUUUCCUUUGUAACAGCGUCUCCCGACUUUGGCGUCUAUGAAAUUUUGUUUUAACUUUAUUUAUUAAUGUUUUCAUGUGCAGAACAUGUUAUUAAACAAUGAAGGUCAUGAUAUACACCCUCCCUCUUCACACCCACCCUCACCCUUAGGAGGCGAAGGCGUCUCUGCAGUUUUAAACCUUAAAAGUUCAGUUUCACUUGGACUAAUGAAAUAAAGUAGGACUGCACGAUUAAUCAGAUUAUUUAAUUAUGACGGUUAAAAAAAACAAAAUCGUCAAACUGAUUUUCCUCUCUAUCAUGUCUCGCGCCUCCAGGCCGCCAUAGGCUCCUCCUUGUUCCCCACACACACCAGUGUAAACAAACACAGUGUUUGCAGAAGAAGGCGAUAAUUUCGUGGUCAAAUAGGACAAGUGCGAGUCAGUCGUGUUGAAUUGGUACGACUUCACAGUUUCAGAUGAAGAGUAAACCACUCCCCGCUACAAAGUCUGUCUGAAGACCCGUCCACACGGAAACGAAUUCAGAAGUAAACGCCAAAGUUUUUUGUCGUGUUGGGGUUUCGUCCACGCGGAAACAGCAUUUACGAGAGUGCAUAACUCCGUAAACGACUCCCAUUUCAUCUCUGUGUGGAUGUCUAUCUGCAUCUCAGGAAACGAUCAUGUGACACACAGAGUAAUUCUUUUAUGGCGCCAAAACAACCUUUGUACACAUGCUCUGUACUCUUCUUCUGUCUUUUGUGAAUUUCCUGUGCAGCGUUACAGCGCCACUUACUGGCUUGGCAUAUGCCCUAAUAUUGUUUUCAAUGGUUUUGUUUUAAGAGAUGAUAGAAAAACUUUUUAUCUUUAAAGGGAAGUUUGUUGAAGUUGUCACUAAAUAAAAAGUCAAAAUAAAAAAUCAGGUUUUCAGAAAAAAAAUCUUGAUUUUAUUUUUGGCUGUAAUUGUACAGCCCUAAGCUUUAGAUAUAGAAAACAUUACCAUAUUGUUAAGAUGACUGCAGGAAAAGAGUGAAACCUAAAAAGGUUUGCAUGAGAACCUCUCUUAAAAUUGAAUAACCUUAAAAAAGUGAAUUAAAGUUGAGUUUAUUUUAUAGAAAAACAUGGAGUUAAAACGAGAGAGUUAAAGGUCUUUAAGUUAGUUUCAGGUUUGUCGCCAUUCUCAGGCUUUUCCCUGCAUUAUUACUCUGUAACGAGGAUUUGACAAAGCCUCUCAAGGUGGCGCGGGGUCCCCUGGACUUGAGUUCAGACUUUGGGCGUCGGUAUUGAACUGCUGCAGAUUGAAAAAACGAGGAAUAGUCGAUUGUAAUUCGAGCCUUUUCAAAAGUGAUGCCGCAGGUCUGCCCUUCACAACAAAAACCUCUUAUCUGCUGCUGCGUUUGAAAGUUUCACCGUCUCUCCGACUUCUCUCCUUCUUUUCCUUUUCUUCUUCUCUCCUCGUCUUUUUCUUCCCGUAACUUUUUUCCUGGCUUGAGCUCUUUAUCGCAGCCUUGGGAGUGUGUGUGUGUGUGUGUGUGUGUGUGUGUGUGUGUGUGUGUGUGUGUGUGUGUGGCAUCUCUUUGUUGACUUGAAGCAGUACCACACACGCUGUCCCCUCUUGCUCAUAUUUCAGUCUGUUUGUCAGUUUGUGUAUAUUUGCGUAUGUGCGCUGCAUGUGUGCUCGUACGAGACGAAGAUAACAGGUGUUUGUCUGAGAGGAAGAGGAGGGACUGAAUGUGAUUAGACUGUAUAUCUGCUGCCUCAUUCCUCUGCCUUAUAUUUAUUUUCGCAUCAGUUUCUAUGUCUGCAUAUAUCCAAGCGUUGUGUGUGUGGUUGUGUGUGUGUCUGGACUGCAUUGUACUGCGGAUAUAAACAAAAUCAAACAGUGAAAAUCCUAACAGGAAGCUCCGCAGCUCUCAGGCUGUCGGGUUAUGAUGCUGUCAGCUGCAUCAAACCACAAUCUCACUCCCUGCACACAUGCUCUCUCUGUCUGGAGCUGCUUUAAGGCCCUCUUGUCAUAGCAGAUUAUGACAAACAGAUCAGCCAAAUCGUAAAUAUCUUUACGAUCGCAUACAAAGAUGGAGGAUAUUGAGAUGGAUAGACACGCCAACAGCAGUUAGAGACGGCAUAACCAAAGAGAUCCAGCUCCAGAACUUUGUCAGAAGGGUUUGCAAAAUGCUCCGUUUCCCAGGCCUGACUUUAAUUUGUUAUUCCUCUACAAUUACUGCAAAUAUUUUUGGUUUAAUUUCAUUAUGCACUGGUUUUGAAUUCCUGUCUUUCCAUUGUUUUUGUCCGGUUAAACUUACUGUUGACCCGGACUGAACCAGUGAGCAGAAGAGGAGAAACUGUCAGGGUUUAACCGGGUCAUAAGGCAGAUUUUGAGGUGUAGAUAUAAUCUGCAGGAAUCGGUAGAAACUGAUGAAUUGUGGUGCAGCUUCUUGGAACAACAGAUUUUUGGGAACCAGAGUUUUCCAGAUUUUGUUUCACACAGGUCUCAAAUUUAAAGGCCCCCAAAAUUUAACAUAUUUCUGCUCCAUUAUAGUUUCAUUUUUAAUAUUGGGAACAGCCCAGUCACUAAAAGACCAGCAUGCUCUUUUGUUUUGUUCCUCGAACAUUUCCCUGUGAGACUCUGAAGCGGCGCUCAGUGAAAAUUGCUCGACUUUAAUUGCGCUGCUUUCACAGCCACCUGUGUAAUGAAGAUAUGCCAGGAAGGUGAAACCCACAGAAGGCUCGGCAGAUAACUCAGCAAGCCUGUUCAUAUAAAUAUAGGUUUGUGUUGUUACCAUGGCAGCAGGAGCCACUGGGUGCAAAGGAAGUGAGCGGCGUGAACCACAGAACUGGACUUGCUGUGAGAACCAGAUCCCUGGAGGAACCUUUGCAGACCUUUGCAGGAAGUCAAAUUAUAUUGUCCCCUCAAUUUUUUACCCUUUUUUGGUAAAACACUUCUCCGUUUGAUUGGGAUGAUUACCGUAUUGGCUGGAGUAUAGGAGCACCUCAAUAUAGAGACCCUACUUUUUAGUAGUUUUUAAGCUUCAUUUGUCUGAUUUAAAUGAAAUUAAAUAUGGUGCAACAGUUGAUUUGAUGCACAUGAAGCACUCAUAGUUUCGGUUUUGAAAUACCGUAAAUAUUAGAAUAACCUGCAGUGGUGUUGGGCGGUAUGACGGGAUAUACUGUGUGAUGGUAUAAAAGUGCCAGUAGAAAUUUUGCUUUACCGUUUAUACCGGAGAGAGAGAGAGUCGGUUGUCUUGAGAUUCUUCAGAUUUAGAAAAUCUGAUAAUGAUCAAAAAACAAAACUACCCAAAGAGUGUCGUGUGGCUGCCGUUGCUGGAGGAGGAAACACCAACAACCUCUUCACCACCUAAAGAUGAAACACGCCAAGCUCUAUAAUGAGAGCCAAAAGAUGCGUGACGCACCUGCUGCACCAAAAACUGAAGCUGCAGCAGCUCCUCUCAGACUAAAGAGCUUUCAGAGUCUUUCGCUGAAGGUACGCCAUACGAUAAAAAGUCGCUCGACUGCACCAGUAUUUUUAAGCCAUUAAUUGAAUUUACAGAGGAAAAAACAUACCAUGGUAUACACCGUUACCAUGAUAUGGAAUUACUCAUACCAUGAUAUAAGAGUUUGUUCAUACUGCCCAACAUUAACCUGCAGUCUGUCAGGUGAGGGGGAUACCUUCAACCUGGUCUUGACAAUCUUUCUAGGCUUGUCAUCUUUAGUAUCACACUCUGCUUUGAUGCCACAUUUUUCAUGAUUGUUUAAUGUCUCUGCUGCGGUGAUAACACAAAGUUUUCUCUUAAAAAGAAGCAUCAAAACUCGACCUUUGUCUUACUUUUAUGAAAUUUUAUUUAGUGUCUGACUCCAUCUUCAUCCCCCGUCUUAUUUUGGGGUUUAUGUUUUCUUUGGUCCCAGAAGAUGGAUGCAGAUCCUCCUCUCCAUUUCAUGUAUAUACAGUAAAAACCAAGACAGGGAGAGCAGCAGCAAAGACCCCCCGCAGAGCAUUGCAGGUAUCAGUGACACCGAAUAUAACCCUGAUAAAAAUAUACCGAACACAUGAGGAGUACUGACCAGGCUUCUUCUUUAUCCUGUUUAUUUCAGCGCCUGCUUUCACAGCUUGUUUCCACCUCCUCUCUGACAGCUUCUCCGGACUCGUGGUCACUAUGCGGUCUCUAAUUUGUCCGCCUCUCUCCCACUUUUCUGUGUCCACCAGCAGGUCUCCGGUCUUGUUAUGUCCACACGGCUGUUAGGCUUUCAAAUCAAACGCCGCCAGAUCUGGUUCGAGCUCAUUAAAUGUCCGAUUUACCCCGAAAGUUCAGAGCCUCUGAGUGAGAUUUUUAAUGAGGAUGAAAUAAGAGUUCAUGUGUGUGACUACAUGUGAAAUUAAAAGUCUGAUCCUUCUGUGUUUGUGUGUGGGGGCUGAAUAUGCACGGGUAGGUGUCUGCAGUUUCUCUCCUGUUUGCCUCGUGCUUCGUGUUUUGAUAGAUGCGUUCGUUUGUCGCUCUAACUUUUCUUUACAGAUUUCAUAUGAGGAUGUAAACGCGGUGUCUUUGGACCUGGAUUUUAGUUUAGGAAGUCCUCCAGUCAGUGUAGAAACUCUAUUUAACUUAAGCUACAAAUCUGCUUUUUAGGACCCAGGACACCGAACCCUUCACCCUCAGGUUUUUUAAAAUCAGGUUGCUGCUCGAUUUUAUAUUAAACAAUGACUAUCAAAUCUUGUUCUCUUUUGUGCAACAUUGAAGAGAAAUACUGUAUUUACCAAAAAUAUAAGAUUCAAGCAGUCAUGGUCACAGAAAAUCCAAAUCCAACAGUGCGGUUCUCUCAGUUCUGUCAGUCCUGUCCUCAAACUGCCCCGGGCUGGUCUCACACUGUCCCGGAACUGAACCCUUCCUCCCCCUCAGGCCUGAUACCGUGUCCUCCCUGUGACCAGAAGCUAUAAAUUAUUUUGUCCUUUAAAAAUAUGUCCCCAAAAACCCAGUUUCAUAAAGCCUUUUUUUCUAAAGACGUCAGAUUGUUUCAUAUUUCGCUGCAAAAUCAAAUAAUCUCAUGAUUAGAAAAAUCCCUUUUUGUUGGAAAAGCUUUUAUUUGACCCUAAUUUCACCUAUAAAGAAGCCUUUAUUACACCUGUAAGAAAGCUUUAUUAAGCCUUUAUUACACCAGUGAGAAAGCUUUAUUAAGUCUUUAUUACACCUGUAAGAAAGCUUUAUUAAGUCUUUAUUACACCCAUUAAGAAGCCUUCACUGAGUAUUAAUUAAAACUGUACGGCUGCCUUUAUAAAGUCUUACUACACAAGUUACAAAUCCAGCACCUAUCUCACCUGUUACUAAGCCUUAAUUAAGCGUUAAUUACAGGAGUUAUUAAGCCUUUAUUAACUAUUAGUUAUAACAUGCACAUAUGGGAAAAGCAGUAGGUUUAUGAGGACGACUCUGAGCCGUCAGCUCUAAGGUUUGUGUGUGAAAACAUUAAAAGUCAUCGCUCUCUGUGUGUUUUCAUGUCCUGCAUUGUUUCCUCAUGUUAAACAACAUGUCAUUAAAAUGUGGUUCAUGUUGAUGCUCUCAGUUGGUUUCUUAAUUAAAAUGCGCAUAUACUCGCACGCACACACACGCACACACACACACACACACACACACACACACACACACACACACACACACACACACACACACACACACACAGUGAAGUGUUUGUCUGGCCUGCUGUCUGAUGGGUCUUCUGGGUGUGAACUAACCUGUUUUUCCCUUUCUCUCUCUCUCUCUCUCUCUCUCUCUCUCUCUCUCUCUCCCUCUCUCCCUUACUUCCUCUCUCCUUACUGACUUCUUUCUUUUCUCAUAUUUGAUCUUCGACUUUAAUUUCCAUUUUUUUUAAUUAUUUGUCUUUCAAACUUUAUUUUUUACUUCAUCUACUACAUCUACUUUUCUUUUCUUAAAUGCUGAUGGUUUGGUUGACAUUUCCUUUACGCCUCCAUGAACGUCCCGUCCCCUUCCCUCCAUCUUUCCCCUUCUUUUGUUUUUUUUUUGCCUUUUAUUUCUUUUAUUCUUCUUCAUCAUCUUCAUUUUGUCCCAUUAUUUUUUUCUUAACGCAUUUCUUUUGCUUUUCAUCACCUGCUUUGUAUCCUUUCAUCAUUUCUUUAACAUCAUUUUUUCAUCCUUUCUUUCUCUUCAUUUACAUCUCUCUUUCUCAUUUCCUCUCCCAUUAUUCCUUUCCUUUCCUGAUCUUAUCUUUUUUCUUUUAAACCAUCACUUCCACGUUUGUCCAUUUUUGUCCGUCCUUCCUCCUCCUCCCUCUCCCCCUUUCCCCUCCUCCUCUUCCUCCUCUUCCUCCUCCUCCUCCUUCGGACUCUCCAGUGGCUGCUCCUCUGCCUCCAAACUGCUCCUCUGGUUCUGCAACACCAGGCCAGUGCCUGUCUAG